CACUAAUCAAGAAUUGGGGGAAAUGGAGAGCAGACUGGUGGGGGGCACUAGUAGUGUGUCUUGUGUGUGUACACUCCAUGCUGUUAAUCUCAGCCAUUUUACUAUAUGUAUGUUUUAUAGUACAAAGAUGUUGAACAUCAGCAGAGAAAGGAGAGGGAAGGAAAAACCUGUUUACACAGACUGCAAACCGCCAGGGAAUAAUGUAACAGAGGAAGUGAGCCGGCUCUCUGUCUGACUAUUCCAACUUCCUGCUCACACACACACAUACACACACACACAAAACACUGAAAAAAAAAAAGAAAAGAAAGAAAAAAAAUCAGGAUCUCAUUACAACAGAAACGUUUGCAGACGACUGUCAGCAUGGAAAACGAAGGGAUUUUACCAGGUCCAUUGUAAAAGCAAAAUUAAGAAGAAACUCCAUACACUUCUCCAGCAGUUUGGGUAUGUAAAUACUGUAUACACUGUAUCAGGAAUUGUAUACUUAGGAUGUAACGUCUUUGCAUGUUGUGUACUCUGCUGCAAGGGGUGGACAUCACUCCAGCUGUUGUGGCAUUGUACCUCUCCAUCACAGUGCAGGCUGGCUUUGCUUGAUAAGAGUUGUAGUUCUAGGAAGGUUCCUUUUUGCCUACUCCCUCCCCUGCUGUAUAAUUCUAGUGGAUUUGUGAGUUUAGGGCUCAUUCUUUUGUUGGAAGGGGUCUCCUUGUGGGAUGGUGACUUACUGAAUGAUGUGCAAGCAUGGCUGUUUCUUGUGUUAUUUUGAGUGUGUUCAUUGUAAUAAGAGAUCAAGCUUACUUUGCAUUUAAUGUCUGUUAUUUAUGGUCUGGAGAGGGUGGGGAGUCUUCUAGCUCUGGUUAAUCACUCUGUAAUUGCAGUCAUAAAUAAUGGUUUACAUGUCACUGUCCUCAUGACAGAUAUAGCAGGCUAUGCUCCUAGUCUCUCAGCAGUAAAGGGAUGGGGAGCAUAUAUGUCUGUUAGUGAUUCCUAUCCUCUGGCUUUUGGAAUUCUCAUGAAGCUCAGCCAGCAAUUACUGUAAAAGUACAGUAACUUGGAGUUCCAUUGUUGCUAGGUUUCCAGGAGAGACAGAGCUGACUGGAUGAUUGAUAGCUCCCUGUAUGUGCCAUCCCCAUUCGAGGUUAUCUAGCAGAGCAUCACCCAGCUGGGUGGCUGUGCAGAGAUUGCAAUCAGUGUGAAUGAAGCAGUGACACAGCCAGCCAGGGGGGGGGAGUGCAUUCUUCUCCUAAAGAAAGUUGUGUGAGUCCAGCUUGUCUGGAAACAGUAAGACUAAUUGCCCUGAGCUUCCGGUUUGAAACUGGCAGUAGACAACAUCUUGAAAAUGAGUCACUGGAGCACACAAAAGAGACUGUGUGGUUUCCUUACUCAGGUCUAUGUAUUUGUGCAUUGCAGCUCCCUUUGUAGUGUUCAGACAUUUAAUAAAGACCAUCACUAGCAAAAAAAAUCAUACAGGAGGGGAGCAGUGUUGUUUUUAGAAGGGGAGAGAUUUUUUUUAUGCAUAGCAAUAUAUGUAUCUGUGUAUAUAUAAGGUUAGGAGACCUGAUGUUGCUGUUGAGGGAAAAUGUUCCCUUGAAUUUUCCACAGGCUGCAGGAAGAGAACACAUUUAGUCAUGGCUAAGUAAUGUCUGCGCACACCAACUAAUCUCAUUAGGAGUUUCCGGUCCCCAAACACUGGAGGGUUUUGUAUGCAUUUGCAGGAGGAGUCCUGCCACCAACAUGCAAUGGUAGGAGACACAUCUUAAUGUACUCUCAAAAUAAUCCACCAAAACAGGGCUGGCAGAACUUCUGAAACACAGGAAAUACUGUGAAAACUCCAACAAAAUAAAAUGAGUAAAUAUGUGUGAGUAAGGUAUGUAAACACACAUAGUAUAUUAUGCACACAUCAUCUGUCUGUCUGUCUGUCUGUCUGUCUAUCUUUUACAUUAAGAGGUCUCCUUACUUAUAGGGUCUAUCAUUAUUUUAGGAAUUUAUAUAGAUAGCACCUUACUCCACAGCGCUUUACAAUAUUAUAAAGGGGAAUAUUUAAAAGAACACUUUAGUCACCAGAACAACUAAAGCUUAAUGUAGCUUGUGAGUAAAGCCUGUCCCUGCAGACAUUUUGGUGUAAACACUGUCUUUUCUUGUUUACAUUACAGCCUAAGAAAAUCUCUAGCUGCCACUCCUCAGACAGCCACUAGAGGUGCUCCCUGGGUCACAGUGAUGUUCAUCGUCUCCACGCUCUUCAUGCAGAUGCUGAACUUUCCCUGUAGAGAUGCAUUGAUUCAAUUAAUCUCUAUGAGGAGAUGCUAAUUGGCCAUGGUGGCAUUUGGCUCCGCCCCUACACACCGCCUCCUUGGUUGAGAUCAUCAUUUCUGAUGAUGUCAGCCAAGGGGGACAAGCAUGGGUGGAGCCAGCACUGGCAGACCCACGUGGCACUGGACAUAAGGUGAAAUAUUACUAUAGUUGUGAGGACCAGCGGGGCUACAUAGGGUUUUUUAAUAAAAUAGGGUUAUGAAUACACUUUUGUGUUUCUGACCCUUUAGUGUUCCUUUAACAAUAAAUGAGCCAAUUACAAAAUCUUACAGGAACAGUAUAUUGAUGAGGACCCUGCUCAAACGAGCUAACAGUCUAGCAUAACACCAUAACAACCUGUGCUUAUGUCUCUGUCUCCUUGCAACUGUCCAAGCUGUGCACACAGCAUGUAUACACUACUUGGGUGAUGCUGUGAACAACGCUUGUUGGAAAACUGAAAGGGACAUUGUAUACACUUUUAGCUUAUUCAGCAAUCCAACUCAUCUUGUGCAGUAAAAGGAAGUGUGCCUCCAAUUGUUCUGAGGUUUGAAUGUGGGGAGGAGCGCAGCUGUUUCCACGCCUGUGACCAUGUUUGUGUCUUUGAUGAAGUGGCAUGGGACAGUCAUGCCAAAAAAUGGAGAGUGUCAGGCUGCUUGCCCCCUUUCUGGGUAGCCCAUGCACAUAAUUGCUGUGUUAUGGACUGAGUUUUCUUCGGGUAGCGUAAGUGCGCCUAAUGAUACGCUCUCAUUGCUCUUAUGGGCGACUUCUCUGUUCCCUUCUUAUUAUUAAUAAAACACCUCCUACUAAACAUGGGGUGUGGGAAAUUGUCUAACAAUCACAGGGUCCCUCGGGUUAUUAAUAGAUCUAGGGGACAAUCCUUUCUCUUUUUUGACAUCAUUGUACAUGGUGUACUAAAACAACACCUGGGGGGGAAGAAAAAUCAAAGCUAAUAAGAAUCCUUUUGUACAAAAGCGAAGUAACCCAAUUGUAAAACUUAAAUUUUAUUAGAAAUAUCAAAAAGACAAAAAAUUGCAUAAAAAACAUCCCUAUAGUUGGGACUAAAUCUAGUGAAGAUCCCUGAUUAGUAAUAAUGUAUUUUAUAAAGUAGAUAUUAAAUACAAAAACACUAAAAUAAAUAAAUAAGUGAAUCCUCAUACACAUAAAGCUGCCUAGAAUAUCAGUAUGGCUAAUAUGUUUCAAAAGUACUGAAAGGAGAAAUUAUCUAUACAAACAGAAACAGUAUCCAGUGAUGACAAAGUAUAAUAACGAUAAAAAAGGGAAUAUUAACUAAACUGCUAUAGUAGAGGCAGCUCGGGAUAUGGAUAAAAUAGAAUGAAGACACCAUAUUCGCUGUGCUAUACUGCUGUGCCUCCAAAGGCACACCUUAGAAAAGCAAGGCCCCCCCAGAAAUAUCCCGUCAUGAAAUGACUAAAUAGGAGUCUCUAUCGACUAGCAGGAAAACUACUCCCUACUUAACAGCACUAAUAAAAAUCAACACAAAUAGUAGCUAAAUGCAAUAGUAACUGAAGGAAAAAGUAAAACAAAUAACUUAAAUACAAGAAAAAGAAAAAAUAGACAUCAAAGUGUGUAGUGGUAAUGUCUCCAUAGUUAAAUCAUGCUGCAGCAUCGUCCCUUAUCGUUAACCACAGACACACUCAAGCGUCCCGACACGCGUUUCACCACUAACUGGCUCUUCCAGUUAUCCCGAGCUGCCUCUACUAUUUAGCAGUUUAGCUAAUACUCCCUCCUUCACUUUUAGACACAUAUUCAUACAAGUGAUAUGAUACUUUGUUUUCGCUUAGGUGGAUACUCUUUCUGUUUGUAUAGAUAGUUUCUCCAUUCUGCGCUUUUUUUUUUUUUUAUAUAUAAUUCUUUAUUUUUUGUUGUGCAUGAGGCAAACAAUAUAUCAGUAACCAUGACAUUGAGUAGUGACAAGAGAAGUAUCCAAUAUUUCAAAAUAGACAUGGCUAGUAAUCUGCGCAAAUUUUAGUAUUAGACAUAGAUAUAUAACAAUGUGAUAUAUAACAGAGUGAUCUCCCCCAGGGUGCCCCACGCUGGCUGUAGGUCAAGAAAAGAAAAUAACUUAAAGGGACACUAUAGUCACCUGAACAACUUUAGCUUAAUGAAGCAGUUUUGGUGUAUAGAACAUGCCCCUGCAGCCUCACUGCUCAAUCCUCUGCCAUUUAGGAGUUAAAUCCCUUUGUUCAUGAACCCUAGUCACACCUCCCUGCAUGUGACUAGCACAGCCUUCCAUAAACACUUCCUGUAAAGAGAGCCCUAUUUAGGCUUUCUUUAUUGCAAGUUCUGUUUAAUUAAGAUUUUCUUAUCCCCUGCUAUGUUAAUAGCUUGCUAGACCCUGCAAGAGCCUCCUGUAUGUGAUUAAAGUUAAAUUUAGAGAUUGAGAUACAAUUAUUUAAGGUAAAUUACAUCUGUUUGAAAGUGAAACCAGAUUUUUUUUCAUGCAGGCUCUGUCAAUCAUAGCCAGGGGAGGUGUGGCUAGGGCUGCAUAAACAGAAACAAAGUGAUUUAACUCCUAAAUGACAGUGAAUUGAGCAGUGAAAUUGCAGGAGAAUGAUCUAUACACUAAAACUGCUUUAUUUAGCUAAAGUAAUUUAGGUGACUAUAGUGUUCCUUUAAAAAAAAGGUGGAAAAUGAGGCAGAAGUAAGGAGUAGUGACACAGGUAUCAGCAUAGGCAGCAAAGAGAUUCCAUGGCACUCAGUGUGUUAAAGCCGCAAACAAAAAAGACAGCAAUGUGUUCCUAUGAUCACUUUUGCAAAACAGGUAUGGGCAUAGGCAUCCCCCCGCUUAUUCAGGGGUGAGAGGGUAAAAUAAAUGGCCAAGUGCUCUCCCCAGUUCAGCCCGGAAAGUCACAUGAGUCACAUGACCCCACUCCGGCCAGGGCCAUAGCAGAGUCCUGCAUCAUAUUGAGAAACUCCAGGCCUCCGUGCCUCGUUGUGUACCAGCAGUCUGAGCCAUACCUCGUAAGUAGGGCUUCCACAACGUCCCCUGACAGGUUGAGAGUCCCAGUGCCGGGCUCCUCGGUGUAGCCAGCUUCUGUUGCGGAGUAAGGCUUUGCCUGUGAGGUGAGUGCUCCGUUCAGCACUUUUGAUACAUAUUAGCCAUACUGAUAUACUAGUCAGCUUUAUGUGUAUGAGGAUUUAUUUAUUUAUUUUAGUUUUUUUGUAUUUAAUAUCUACUUUAUAAAAUACAUUUUUACUAAUCAUUAGGGGCUAAUUUGUUAAUCCUAAUUUAUGGUUGGUGAUGGAGCUCAUGUUCUCCGACCGAGUACCUCCGCAAAAUCCCCUUCCUAGCUGUUUGGGGUGAAGCCUGACGUGCUUCAACCCUAGUCGCCGAGGCUUGACUGGGUUGUCUCUGGAGCUUUUCCACCCAAUCAAACUGCAGCUCUCCUUCCAGGCAGGUAUUGUCCCCUCUGCCUAUUCCUCUGCAGCAUUCCUUCCAGGCUGGUGUGUACCUCUUCCUGCAAUGUGAUUGCUCUUGUAUUUAUAAAGACACUUUCAGGUCUCAGGCCUAGCGCUCUUUGCUUUGUCCCAGGGCUAGAGGGAUUUCAACUUUAGCUUAAUGAAGCAGUGUUGGUGUAUAGGUCAUGCCCCAUGCAUACUCACUCCUCAAUUUUUUGCCAUUUAUAAGUUAAAUCACUUUGUUUAUGCAGCCCUAGUCACAUCUCCCUAUAUGUGACUUGCACAGCUUUCCUAAACCCUUCCUGUACAGAGUCAUCUAAUGUUUACACUUUCUUUAUUAAAAAUUCUGUUUAAUUUAGAAUUUCCUAUCUCCUGCUUUGUUAAUAGCCUUCUAGACCCUGCAGGAGCAUGCUGUAUGUAAUUAGAGUUCAAUUUACAGAGCAGGAAAUAAACACUUUUAAAGUAAAAUCUGUUUGAAAUGAAACAAUUUUUUUUAAUGCAGGCAGUGUCAGUCACAUCCAGAGGAGGUGUGACAUGGGUUGCAUUAAAAACAAAAGUGAUGUAAAGGCAGAUAAUUGAGCAGUGAUAUUGCAGGGAUAUGAUCUAUACACCAAAACUGCUUCAUUAUGCUAAAUCUGUUUUGGUGAAUAUAGUGUCCCUUUAAUGUUAUGACUUUCAUUUAGACUGGCAAUUUCACUUGCUUUAGAAGUGUGAAUUCGACAUAUGUGUAACUGCCUCGUUAUGAUGUGGUUUGCUAUUCAAAUUAUGAUUUACUGUAAAUAUAUUGCUUAACAUUGCUUAAAUUAUACCGUAACCAUGGCUGAAAUUUUGGUAUUACUGAUAACUACUGGAGGAAAUUGAUUUAAUUUAUUUACAUAUAUUUAUAAAAAUAGACUAACUGCGUUAUUUGUAACUUCCUCGUACACAUGAAAGAUUUUUGUAAUUGUCAAUAACAUCAUUACAUACUGGGCAUUGAAUUUGUGUGAGGGCUUCUGCUAGACUUGAGCAGUAGUAAGCUAAUUUGGUCCUUUGAGCAAUGCAUUUGCUGCCAACGUCAGAUACACAUUAUAGAUUACAUUUGUAUACCUACCUGAAUAUAAUCCUGUCAAGAAUACCCUUUGCCGGAUUUUAACAUUCUUUUUACUAAUCCCUAUAUUUAACAAAUAUGUUCUUGUGAGGUUUAAAAAUAAUAUGAAAUGUAGAAAUCUAUAAAUAGAUUUAGCUCUGGAUCUGAGCACCCAAAUUUGUCCCCCAGUCAAUUAAGCUCUGCCUUUUUUUAUUUAACAUAGUGAUUAGAGCAGGAGAUAGAGAAAUAAUAUAUCUGUUUCUCCUCCUCCUAUGCAAUGUGUGCCUUGGCUGUGCCAGGACUGAACUGCUUUGUCAUAUCAAUUGCUAAAUCUUUAAAGGACCACUAUAGUGCCAGGAAAACAUACUCGUUUUCCUGGCACUAUAGUGCCCUGAGGGUGCCCCCACCCUCAGGAUCCCCCUCCCGCCGGGCUCUGGGGGGAGGAAGGGGUUAAACUUACCUCUUUCUCCAGCGCCGGGUGGGGAGCUCUCCUCCUUCUCUCCGCCUCCUCUCCUCCUCUUCGGCUGAAUGCGCAUGCACGGCAGGAGCUGCGCGCUCAUUCAGCCAGUCCAUAGGAAAGCAUUCACAAUGCUUUCCUAUGGACGCUGGCGUCUUCUCACUGUGAAAAUCACAGUGAGAAGCGCGGAAGCGCCUCUAGCGGCUGUCAAUGAGACAGCCACUAGAGGCUGGAUUAACCCAUUUAUAAACAUAGCAGUUUCUCUGAAACCGCUAUGUUUAUAGAAAAAAGGGUUAAACCUAGCUGGACCAGGCACCCAGACCACCUCAUUAAGCUGAAGUGAAAAUCACAGUGAGAAGCGCGGAAGCGCCUCUAGCGGCUGUCAAUGAUACAGCCACUAGAGGCUGGAUUAACCCAUUUAUAAACAUAGCAGUUUCUCUGAAACCGCUAUGUUUAUAGAAAAAAGGGUUAAACCUAGCUGGACCAGGCACCCAGACCACCUCAUUAAGCUGAAGUGGUCUGGGUGCCUAUAGUGGUCCUUUAAUAUAUAUUUCAGAGAGGAAAAGAGUGUUUCAUGAAAAAAGGUUAACACGAGUUAGAUGUGAUUUUCCAUUACGUAAUGGUUCCCUUGAGGUGGUUAUAGCGCCUGGAGUCUGUAUGGCACAUUAUGGUGCCUGGAGUCUGUAUGUGCAGCAAACACUGCUCAUACAGAAGUUAGCUAUUUUGUUUUGCGUCAGCAGCAACAUUUGAGGAAAGAGUCAAUAGCCAACACGAGUUCUGCUAAAGUCAAUACUGUGCAAAUUACUAUUCACAGAAGGCCAUUAAUUGGCUGUGAGUGCCUGGCUGACACCAUGAGCCAAUUAAUGGCUGAUAGGAUCGCAUUAGAGAAACCUUGGUGCUUGACCGGGACCCAGGAGAGAGCAAACUGUUGCAAAACGGUUUGGCCCAUUAACAGGGAGUGGUGCCAGGGUACAUGACCCAGCAUGCGCUCUCAGGCUCAUCAUCAAACUUCACAGAUCUCAGCCAAUCCAAUGCACUCCCAGAGGAAAACAUUGGGAGGCUAUUACUCAUGUGCGGCAAAACGCCAUGCUGCUCAUUGAACAUCUCCUCAUAGAAAUGCAUUGAAUCGAUGCAUUUUUAUGAGGAGCGUUCAACUGAACGUCAUGUGCAGCACUGGCCCAGGAAGCAAUCAGACUGCUACUAGAGGUGUUACUAGGCAGUAAUGUAAACACUGCCUUUUCUCUGAAAUGGCCUACAUUUUGCAAAUAAACACAUAUAUCAAUCAACAUAAACAAGAUCCCAUAAAAUAUUGCAUUUCUAAUAGACUAAGUAUCUUGCAACACAUCUAGUGGCAAUAAUGCAGGGCUUGACACAUUUGCUUGGAAUCUAUGAGCCAGCUAAAAAAGUUAGGAGCCAGCAUUUAUUUUCUAUUUAAUUUAUUUUUAUUGAAGAAUAUCAGACAUAUGGAGUCAAAGCAAAAAGAUAAUCAAUUAACAGUAUACAUUCCACUUGGUACAUGUCGUACAAGAGAUACACAUUAUCAGGCAAGGUACAUACUAUAUGUAUGGGAAUUACUCAUAUGAGUGGUGAAGUUGCCUCUGAGAUUAACAUUGGGUAGGUAUUGCCGGAGAAGACAUGAGCAGUGAGAGCUCUAUGGUUAUCCUUACGUUCAUCGUAUCAUCUGUUCGUCUAUAUGCAUAACCCUCGGCUGAGUAAAGGUGAUAGCUACCUAUCGAUACUCCGGGGCCCUAGAGCUCCCGCGACAUGCAUCCUAUCUAACAGGUUGCUAGUAUUCUGAAACCAUAUGACCGGGUAGAUGAAUAAAGAUCCACUAACACAUUACAUACAGAGAAUAACCGUUAAACAAACAUAAGAGGAAUGCAGAAGAGUAGACUUCUGAGCAUAUAUGUUAUAUACAUAAUUUCCAAGCUUGAUGGUGACCAUACUGUGGGUGUUUGUAACUAAGAAAUAGGAGAAAGUUGAGACCAAUGCACAUUGGGUGGGUCCCAACCGUCCCUAAUUACAAGGACAGAGACAGAGAUAAAGUCACAGGCGAUACCAAAUUGAUUUCAAUGCAACUACCAUGGAGCACAAGCAAUAGUAGGCGUUUUCACUCUCCUGCUCUGACGUUGUCCCCUACCCCCUUUUGUGUACCCUCUGAUUGAAUUCCCAUAUAGAAGAUCCAGGGUUGCCAGAUCCUGACAUAAUUGGCAUGUUUCCCCUGGGACGACCACCAGUGUUCCUCUAGGGCACGGAAAUACUAAAUUUUAGCUAACCAUUCUCUUAAACUAGGUAUUCAGGUCGCUUUCCACAAGCUCACAAUUACUGAUUUGGUAGCAGUGAGCACAAAAUACUCGUUUUCCUGGCACUAUAGUGCCCUGAGGGUGCCCCCAUCCUCAGGGUCCCACUCCCGUGGCGCUGAGGGGGGAGGAAGGGGUUAAUCCCUUACCUUUUUUCCAGCUCCGGGCUCCCUCGGCGCUGGGGACUCUCCUCCCUCUUCUGAUGUCCCUGGCUGAAUGCGCAUGCGCGGCAAGAGCCGCGCGCGCAUUCAGCCAGUCGAUAGGAAAGCAUUCUCAAUGCUUUCCUAUGGACGCUGGCAUCUUCUCACUGUGAAAAUCACAGUGAGAAGCGCGGAAGCGCCUCUAGCGGCUGUCAAUGAGACAGCCACUAGAGGCUGGAUUAACCCAUAUGUAAACAUAGCAGUUUCUCUGAAACUGCUAUGUUUAGAGCAAAAAGGGUUAAACCUAGCUGGACCUGGCACCCAGACUACUUCAUUAAGCUGAAGUGGCCUGGGUGCCUAUAGUGGUCUUUUAAUUUUUAGUGACAAAAAUACAACUCUUAAAGGGACACUAUAGUCACCAGGACCACUGCAGCUUAAUGUGCCGUCACUCAAUCAGUCACUAGAGGUGUUUCCUAGCCUAGACAAUGUGAUGCACCUAUGUUCAACGUCUCCAUGCUUGGCAGUCAGACUGACAGACACACUUAAAGGACCACUAUAGGCAUCCAGACCACUUCAGCCUAAUGAAGUGGUCUGCGUGCCUGGUCCAGCUAGGGUUAACCCUUUUUUUUAAUAAACAUGGAGGUUUCAGAAAGGGUUAAUCCAGCCUCUAGAGCCUUUAGUGGCUGUCUCAAAAUCACAGUCAGAAGACGCCAGCGUCCAUAGGAAAUGCUUUCCUAUGAACUGGCUGAAUGCGCGCGCGGCUCCUGCCGCGCAUGCGCAUUCAGCCGAUGACGUCGCUAUGAAGGAGGAGAGGAGGAGGAGAACUCCCCGCCCGGUGCUGGAGAAAGGUAAGAUUUUAACCCCUUCCUCUCCCCAGAGCCCGGCGGGAGGGGGCCCCUGAGGGUGGGGGCACCCUCAGGGCACUAUAGUGCCAGGAAAACGAGUAUGUUUUCCUGGCACUAUAGUGGUCCUUUAAACUCACAGACCGACACACACACUCACACUCAAAAGUUGUAAUUUAAAAAUAUAUAUUUUAAUUGAAAUCCACUCAGCCUCCCUACCCUUGGAGAUCUGGAGUGGAUAGGCUUUCUCUGGUGUCCAACGGUGCUGCUGUCAUCUCCCUGCUCUGCUCCCUGUCAUUCACUGUUUAGUAUGCCCCGGGGCUGGAAUGACGUCAUAUUCCGGCUCCCGGCAUCACUGCAGGGCGUGUGAGGGAGCAGAGAGAUGACAGCUCCCUCCAUUUCCACAGCAGCCGCUGGUCCGACUCUGCUCUCCCACAACACUUGCUGAUCGCCUCUGCUCUCCCACAUCCAGCCAGCCGACUGCAUGCCUUCUCCCUUGCAGCUUUGGGCCGAUAUGGCGAUCUGGCAUCUGGGAUUUGUCGAGCCCUGCAAUAAAGUAUACAAUCAUGGAGAAAGGAGGAGUAUGAGUUAAUAUGGCAAUAAAGAGAAGUAGUAGGUUUAAUUUCGGGGUGCCAAGCCAGAUUCAUGUCACAUUGUCAAGUCUCUUGACAAUGUUGCGCCUCAUAUCCUCCCUAUCUGCUAAGGUUAGAGGGUUUUGAAAGACAUGCAUUCUAUUCAGGGCUGAAACGAGAGGGCACCCAAACCACUUGAUUAAAGACCCUUUAAAUUAUAAAAAAAAAUAUGCAAUAGGAAACAAUUAUUUUAUUUUUAAUUAUCUAUUCAAGAGUAUUAUAAAGUAUUUGAGAGCAUUGUUCAAACCAGUUUUCAGAAUCCUGUUAUAGUGUAUAGGAGGUGCACAGUUGUUUAAGAUAUACCCAGGUAGCUUUAGUAAAUGUUAAAGGGGAUGUGAGAUGGUGUGUAUAAAGGGCCAUAUUAGAUUGCUUUGUCUAAAGAUCCAACAAAAUUAGGAAAUAUUGAGACAGCUUUUGAGUGUGUGGAACUUGAUUGAUACACCACUUUCUUCUCUAAUAGUGUUAUUUUAGAAAUUAAAAGGGCACUCUGGGCGGCGGAGCCUGGACACGAAACGGGCCGGACGCCAUUUCUGCGGGCUCCGACAUCUACGGACCGAAUCCGCUCAAUAUCAGCCCGCAGCCCUGACAUCCAGCCGCAAGAACACCGGCAUAGCACGGGGGAGAUCCCCCGGAUUCUUCCGAUGCCCUUCCGGUACACCCCGAAGCAGGCAAAGUCAAAACACAGAGCACGGGCCUACCUUCCAUCAGCCCACCACGGCCUGGAUUACCUGUUCGGCGGGGACUUCCUUGAAGACGAGUGGGACACAUCCCAGCACAACUCCGAACACGGAAUCUCAGGGAUGGGACGCAGAUCCCAGAAACCUCAACCAGGUACAGCUCAGCCUGAUAUAAGCACAAUGCUCCAGAGGCAAACACCCGCCAAAAUGGCGGCCGCACAAGGCCCAGACUCCCCACUAGAAUCUGACUUAAGGGAGCAAAGCACAACAGGGGGUUCCAAGGCUACAACCCACACCCCAGCAGGGAACCACUGAACCGGCCACUAAACAGGACCUGCAGCAUAUGCAAAUUAUGCUGCAAGAAAUCCAAAGCCUGCUGGCUGCAGAUUUACCUGCCCUUAAAACAAGCAUGCAACAAAUCACUGAAAAAGUAGUACACACUGAGAGAGAAGUGCAGGGGAUCCAAAAAGAAAUCACCUCGUUGCAAGACUCCCUCGCACAACUACAACACAAUCAACAAAACUUCGAGGUUCAACUAGCAGCCCAAGAAGACAAACACAGACGCAAUAACAUAAAAAUCCGAGGUAUCCCUGUCACAGUCUCCAAAGAGGACCUACCUCACUACGUGAGACGGCUCACGCAAGCUAUACUUCCUCCUGCGGUGGCAAAGAAACUCACCUUUGCCGGAAUAUACCGACUACCCACCCCAACAAGGGCAUCUACACUCCUAGCAGGAGACGUCAUAGUCCGCUGCAUCCUUCCCCAGGAUAGGGGGCACAUAAUGUCGGCACUCAAGGGCAAGACACCGCUCAACUUCGAGGAGUCUCAACUGACUUUUUACCAGGACUUAACCAGAGCCACUCUCCAAUGGAGAAGAACCCUCAGUGACUUCACCAGCCAGCUACGUUCCGCGGGCGUAUCAUAUCGGUGGGGAAACCCACGCCACCUCCUGGUUACACACCGAGGAAACACGUACAAAAUCGCUACAGGACCUGAUGCUGCCGCGCUACUACCAAAAUUGGGCCUGCCGACCGAGCACGCCCAGAACGCUACCCAUGCCUGGGACCCGGAGACGAUAGAGCCGUUCACCCCGAGGACACGGAGAAGGGACACUCACGCCACAUGACGGGAAUGAGGGGAGAAGUCUCCUACUCCAUCCCGCUCAAAGGCUAAAAACGGCAAAAUGUAUUUUCUUGUGUUUCUCUCAUAUACCCUUUCACCUUCAGCCACUUAAGCUUUGUUGAUAAUGAGCAAGUUAAUCUGACGCUCUAACACCCAUAUGACGCGCUGUGAGCCUGUCAGGGACGGCGCUGGAAUACCAGUGCACUAAAGGAAUAUGCACUACCAUACAGAACAGAAAUCCCCCCCCGACAGCCCCUAGGUUAGGGCUACUACCCCUCGAGAGUAACUCAAACGGACCACGGAUAAGGCCCCCUGACAAGAUACUCUCACGACUAACCGACUGACACCACAGACCACUUGAUAACACCACAGAUAGAUCUAGCACUCUGAAACUAAAAAUAAGUUAUAAGUCUUACGCAAAAUAAGUCUGGAGCACAUAGUUCGCAGCCUGGACUGGGUGGCAUACGUGAUUUGGGGGGGCCAGCUUGCCCGCAACACUCCUGUCCCAUAACUAUCCAUGAGCAAACAAUCUAGUAUUCAUGGGAUUGCUGGGGGUGGGAUGCGCGGGCUGGCUGGCUACUCUCCAAAUUGCUGCCGCUAAAUUCGGUUGGGUCGCGCUAGGUGUCGACUGAAGCAUAGAUUUAACCAAGUGUAGAUGAAACACGGGACACGUACACCUAGAAUGAGGCGACUGGGCAGUGUGAUUUUCAAAGCAAAACCAGCCCAAAGUUUGGACAGGCACUGCUCUGUCCUGCGGCCAGGGCUGAUAACACUUAAACGCAUGUAUAUACCUAACAAAAAUCUAACCUGAUGGUUAACACGCACACUAGCCCCUGCUCCCUAACCUGAAGGUCUCUAUCUGAACAUAAUCUCUCACACUCACGCUGGAACAGUGCUAUACCACUAUCCACUCUUCUCAUAUAUAUAUAAAAAUGUGCAAAGUUAUUCCUGCCAUACAAUUGUAUUUACAUGUCUAUUCAAACCCUGGCGACAGCUGUUGUGGCAUCGCUAGAAAACUGUUACAUGAAUAAUCUAUGCACGAAAAAUAAAGAAUUUAAAAAAAAAAAAGGGCACUCUGGGCACCAUAACAACUUUGGGGAGUAUGCUUUUCACUCUCUUUUCUCAUUGAGGAGUUUUUGAUAAACGGAGAGCACCAGCUGACGCUCACAGCUUAUUACAGGAGCCCGGUCCGAGGCUUCCUGAUUGAAGCCUCUGACUUUGAACAGAAGCUCAGGGGCAGUGCAGAGCGAUUGGGCGCUGACUUGAAGACUUCAGGUAAGCCAUUCUGAUAAAGUUGUUAUGGUGCCUGGAGUGGUCCUUAAAUAUCCACUGUACCCAAACAAAAAAAAUAUACUCUACACGCAAAUGUUGGAACAGUAUGCACGUUAAUUCUGUUACUCGUCUGUAUUACCCAUUUACAAAGAAAUAAUAUAGCACAAUUAUUUUAUUUUUUUAAGGUGAAUGCAUUACUGAGCAAAAACGAUAUGAAACUGAGCCAGUAGAAUGGAAGGUACUUUAUCUGCUCAGUUACACCCACAUGCGAGUCACUGAGGGUAGCCACAGGAUUUUAAAUAUUGCUGCCUUAAUUUAUAUAAUUAUGGUGUUGCAUGUACCUUGAUUUUACAAAAUACCUGGUUGUUUUUAUUUUUGUUUUUGCAUCAUUUCAAAGGUCAUGAAACUUUAUUAAUGCUUGUUAUUUAGUGUGUUUUUUUUAAUUUCCUUUUAUCAUUUGUCAUGUACCCUGAAAAACUAUUAUACUGGUCUGGAACACAGUACAAAGAAUCACCUCCUAAAUGUUGGACUGGGAUAGUGUAUAGGCUCAAACCCAGAUUCUUUGUUAAAUUGGUGACACUUGUAUAAUGUUUCCUCUCGGAAUGUUCUGCAUACCCUGCAAGAUUAGGGUAACCGUAACAGCCAUUUGUCAGUGUCUCAAGUCCGCCUAUAGCAUCUUAUCAUCAUCAUAAGGAGAAACCUCUGCAAGAAACAAGGUUAAAGACAACCCUGACUUCAUUGUUUUGGUAACUUUUUUUUUUUUUCAAGUGAGACAGAAUUUGGUUUUCACAUAAAUGUUUACAGACUAAUUAACCCUAAAUAAAAAACACAUGGGGAAUAAAUGGAUUUGCAGUAACAGGAGGUGUACUAGAAAAGCAGAUAAAGCCAAAAAUAUUAUCCCUGUGCUCCAAAUCUGCCUCAUUAAAGAUGUUUCCUUUACUCUGAAAAGUAGCCAAAGUGACUUAGUAUAUGACUCACCUGAGAGAUUUGUUUGACGUUGGUUUGUGAACUUACACUUGGCCUUUACAGUGAUACACAAAACUUAUUUAAAGGAAAGUUCCUGGGUCCCCCCAGCCACCCCUCAUAAUAACUUCAAAGCAAUUAAAUUGCAACUGGAGUUGUUGAAUAGUUUUACCCUGAAGUUGGCCCUCUGCGUGCUUGUAGUCUCUGCAUCCUCUGUCUCUCUGCGCAGUGUGGGCAGCCAACGAUAGGCUGAGCAUAUAACCUGUCGUAAAAACCAAAGAAUAAAAAGUUACCUGCGCUGUUCCCAAAUCCCUAUGCAUAUUUAAAUAAAUGGAGGUUAUUUAGUAACUCCAAUGGCCAUUAGAUGGAAGCUCACUGCCACGUCAAGGCAAACCUUUUAGGUGGGUCCUACACUAACAAUUCACCUUGCUUCCUUGAGCUUCAGGCAAAGAUAUCUCUAAGACAGAGAUGGGUAUUUUUCUAAACCUCUCCAUACUUAUUAACCCUUAAUUGGGAACACCUGGGGUGAAUAUAACCUGUCCCCUUGAAAAAUCUUUCUGGAGUGUAUGGCACCCAGUGGACGAACAGAACGGCAGCGGGAGAAGAGGCACAGUGGUGCCAUGAUGGGGGUUAAAUCAUUCCAAAAGGUAAAAUGUCACAAAGGCUCUUCUGCCACCAUUAUAGCUUCAUAUAAAUGAAAUUGUUACUGGGUGUGAGUGUUCCUUUAAAUUAAAAAUAAAAUAAAAAUUUGGUUUGUGUUGUGAAAUAGAUUUAGCUCUGGGGAUCCACGUUCAUGCCCUGUAACUUGCAUAUACUUCUGCUGUGUACAUCCAGUAAUAAUGGUAUUGAUACAUUCUUUUUUAGAAAUAUGCUCAUUUCAAUACAAAGAUAGCUUUACUGUCUGCUGUCGUUCAUGCCAUAUGUUGAGUCUCAUUGACCCAUAUGAUGGGUAGGAUCGUCCCCUGUGUACCAGCUAGCUCAGUAUGGAGGGCAACUGAAAAGAAAUCACAAGAAGUGAAGCUAACAUUAGAAGCAAUCUGCAUUUUACGGAAUAGAUGCAUCACUAUCCUGUUAGAGAAAAGACCCUCUCGGGCCAUACACAUGUGUUAGGAAAUGGAGCAUAGCAAGAGCGAAGGCUAAUCCCUCUCAGAAUUCAAAGUAUUUAUUUUAGAAUGUAUUCACAUUGCACCCAUGUAGAAUUUCACUGUGUGGCUGUAUUAUGAAUGUAUAGUGCAACCAAUGCUCUCAAUAUGUGGCAUCCUCUGCCUCCUGUACUAUUAGCUAGCACGGAUCAAGCGUGACAUCAUUAAUUGGUUACCGUAAUCGAACACUCUAAACACCAUAACCAGUAGAACCCACUGUCGUAUUUAUAGUGUCUAGGACCUUUCCAGAGUAAUUAAAGGUUUGUGAAAGGUUUGACAACUUACCUGGGACACACUGGUCACCUUCUUCUGUGUCCUCGAAGCUCCUUGCACUGAGGUAAGCCCAGCAGCUUUGCUGAGAGCACUCAACUGACGCUCUCAGCCAUUGUGAUGGCACUGCACGACAGGUCUUAACCCAGGGGAGCUGAUGGAAACUCCUUGCUGAAGCUUUAAGCUCCACGAAAAGUGGCGGUAGGCACUCACAAAUGAUUUGACUACUUACCCUGUGAUGUGGAAUCAGUCAAUUAAUUGAUUAUCUUGUGUAUCUGCCCCCGGCCAAAUUAAAGAAGUAAUGCGUGCACGCUCCUAAAGUAAUUCACACCAGACACAGGUUUCAGGUUAAUGAAAAACUUGAGGAAUGUUUAUUCUGAGGGGACGGCAUGCCCCUUAUAAAGUUACAUCAUAUGCUUUAUCAUAGAUAACAUGGAAUAAUACAUCAAUAAUUGGUUAGGUGUUAAGUGGUUCAUUUAUUUCUCUUCCUACCGGGUGUGAUGUCACUGGUAUCCCCAGAUUCCAGCACCAUCUUGUUAAUGAGGGUGUUAGUCGAUGUCAAAGGGAAACUCCCUAGCGGCCAUUUUAGGUAAAUCACAUAUAAAGUUGAAUAAUGCUGAUUGUAGGCAUGCUGAGUAAAUAGGCAUUUUACUAACAUAAAUUGAGUUAAUAUUUUUGUCCACAACACCCUGAGAGGAUACUCCUAGAACAAUAAGCACUACAACAGGCAGGGUAUAAUGCUUGGACGGUUCCUUUGACUGGCCAGAAUUUUUCUUUCUUUGAAUUGGCUUAUGGUGGCAGUGAUAUGUAAAUAUUGCAGCCUCUAUAAGUCAGCCAACCAGGGUGGUCAGUCAGGUACCUGGAACACUUAGCAAUUGUGUACAUAUUGUGCGUGCAAUGUGUAUGUACUUUACCUGUUUCUGUUUAAAGGAACACUAUAAUGCAAGGAAUACAAAUCUGUGUUCCCAAAGUUAUAGUGUCCCUGUGACUAGUCAUAUUAGAUCCCUCCCCCAUUUGGCAUAUAAAUAGUAAAAAAAUAAAUUAAAAAAAACGUACUUUGUUUCAUUGCUGAGGCUCCCUCUGUGUUUCUUAGCUCUCCUCUCCCAGCGACGUCACAGAAGAGGCAUGGCGGCCUCCUCCACGAUAGUCCAUUCCAAUUAUUCUCGUUGGAAAUCAUUGAAUCAAUGCUUUCCUUUGGAAUUUCAGCGUUACGUGGCUGAGAUUUAAUAUCAGUGCAGUGGAUGCAUCUCGAGUGGCUGACAUACUGACAGCCACCAGAGGUGGGCUUAACCCUGCAAUGUAAACAUUGCAGUUUCUCAAAAACAGCAAUACCUUAUAUUGCAGGUGUCAGAGGUCAGGCCACUGCACCCAGUCCACUUCAUGUUCCUUUAAAAAUAUGCGGUCAGUUUUUACAUCAGUUUACGCCAAUCUGUUUAAAGUACACUGCUCAAAAAAAAUAAAGGGAUCACAAAAAUAACACAUCCUAGAUCUGAAUGAAUUAAAUAUUCUUCUGAAAUACUUUGUUAUUUACAUAGUUGAAUGUGCGGACAACAAAAUCACACAAAAAUAAAAAAAUGGAAAUCAAAUUUUUCAACCCAUGGAGGUCUGGAGUUGGAGUCACACUCAAAAUUAAAGUGGAAAAACACACUACAGGCUGAUCCAACUUUGAUGCAAUGUCCUUAAAACAAGUCAAAAUGAGGCUCAGUAGUGUGUGGCCUCCACGUGCCUGUAUGACCUCCCUGAAGCAUCUGCCAACUCCUGGACAGUCUGUGGUGCAACGUGACGUUGGUGGAUGAAGCGAGACAUGAUGUUCCAGAUGUGCUCAAUUGGAUUCAGGUCUGGGGAACGGACGGGCCAGUCCAUAGCAUUAAUGCUUUCGUCUUGCAGGAACUGCUGAUACACUGCAGCCACAUGAGGUCUAGCAUUGUCUUACAUUAGGAGGAACCCAGGGCCAACCGCACCAGCAUAUGGUCUCACAAGGGGUCUGAGGAUCUCAUCUCGGUACCUAAUGGCAGUUAGGCUACCUCUGGCAAGCACAUGGAGGGCUGUGCGGCCCCCCAAAGAAAUGCCACCCCACACCAUUACUGACCCACUGCCAAACCGGUCAUGCUGGAGGAUGUUGCAGGCAGCAGAACAUUCUCCACAGCGUUUCCAGACUCUGUCACGUCUGUCACGUGUGCUCAGUGUGAACCUGCAUUCAUCUGUGAAGAGCACAGGGCGCCAGUGGUGAAUUUGCCAAUCUUGGUGUUCUCUGGCAAAUGCCAAACGUCCUGCACGGUGUUGGGCUGUAAGCACAACCCCCACCUGUGGACGUCGGGCCCUCAUAUCACCCUCAUGGAGUCUGUUUCUGACUGUUUGAGCAGACACAUGCACAUUUGUGGCCUGCUGGAGGUCAUUUUGCAGGGCUCUGGCAGUGCUCUUCCUGUUCCUCCUUGCACAAAGGCAGAGGUAGCGGUCCUUCUACUGGGUUUUUGCCCUCCUACGGCCUCCUCCACGUCUCCUGAUGUACUGGCCUGUCUCCUGGUAGUGCCUCCAUGCUCUGGACACUACGCUGACAGACACGGCAAACCUUCUUGCCACAGUACGCAUUGAUGUGCCAUCCUGGAUGAGCUGCACUACCUGAGCCACUUAUGUGGGUUGUAGACUCCGUCUCAUGCGACCACUAGAGUGAAAGCACCGCCAGCAUUCAAAAGUGACCAAAACAUCAACCAGGAAGCAUAGGAACUGAGAAGUGGUCUGUGGUCACCACCUGCAGAACCACUCCUUUAUUGGGGGUGUCUUGCUAAUUGCCUAUAAUUUCCACCUGUUGUCUAUCCCAUUUGCACAAAAGCAUGUGAAAUUGAUUGUCACUCAGUGUUGCUUCCUAAGUGGACAGUUUGAUUUCACAGAAGUGUGAUUGACUUGGAGUUACAUUGUGUUGUUUAACCCCUUAAAACCAGAGGGCGUAAUAGUACGCCCUCCGGUUUUUCUUACUUACCCGGUGGCAGGCGAUCUCACGCCCGCGAUCGCGGUUGGGGAGACUCACCUGGGAUCCCAGGGAGUCCCCUGCGGCGGAUCCUUCCUCCUCCGCCCCCCCCGGCCAUGUGAGAGUGAGGUCCUUGCGAGGUUAGCUGCAGUCCCCCUGCAUUGCCAGCAGGGGGACUGCCUGUAAUGACAGUUAGUCCCCCUGCUGGCUUGAAAUCAAAUAAAAUAAAGUUAAUCAGUGUAAAAAAAAAUAUAUAUAUAUAUGCUUAGAUCAUAUGUAUAUAUAUUAUAUAUAUAUGAUCUAAGUAUAUAUAUAUAUAUAUAUAUAUAUAUAUACAGGAUAUAUAUACACAUAUACAUACACACACAUACACUGUCUAGGUGUAUUUUACUAUUAAUUUAUAUAUAAUUAUAUAUAUAUUAAUAUCAAAUUAUACGUAGACUGAUACUGAUUAAAUAUAUGUAUAUAAUUAUUGUUAUAUAUAUAUUUAGAUAUAAUAUACAAAAAAUAUGUAAAUACGUUAAAAAAUUUUUAAAAAUAAAUAAUUAAAAAAUAUAUAGAUGUGUGUUAUUUAGUUCUAACUGUAUUGUGAUAUUAAUAUAUUUAUAUCAAAAUACACGUAGAACGAAAUAAUAUAUAUCUAUAUACAUAAAUAUAUACGUAUAUAUUACUAUAUAAAUACGUAAAAAUAAAAAUAAAAAAUAAAUAAAAAUAAAUAAUUAAAAAAUAUAUAGAUGUGUGUUAUUUCGUUCUAACUGUAUUGUGAUAUUAAUAUAUAUAUAUUUAUAUCAAAAUACAUGUAGAACAAAAUAAUAUAUAUCUAUAUACAUAAAUAUAUACUUAUAUAUCACUAUAUAUACCUAGCUUUAUGACCCUCUGCUAAGAUGGUGUCUAUUUUCUAACAAACCUGUGUCUUAUCUACACUCAUGUCGCUUUAACCCCUGUAUCACAACUCAACUUUGAAUUCUAUGUGUCGUUUUGCUCAGAAAUGCUUUAGACUUGAGAAAGGGAGGUUCUCCCGAAAGCUUGUCAUUAAAAAAUUCUGUUAGUCCAAUAAAAAAGGUAUUACAAGAUAAGAAUUUUAUCUGUUUUUUUACAUCUACAUCACUGGACUAAUACGGCUACAAUCUCUACUUGAACACUAUAUAUACCUAUAUAUAAAUAAAAAUAUUUUUAAAAAAUUAUAUAUAUAUUCAUAUAUAUACACAUACGUAUAUAUAUAUAUAUAUAUAUACAUAUAUUAAUUCUACAUAUAUAUUUAUGUAACAUUUUUACAUAAUUAGGUAUUUUAAUUAAUUACAAUUAGCGGGACCUGCCUGACAACCCAUGCCGAAAGUAUAGGGAAUUUAAUUUGCUUGCACUAUAUUUAACCCUAUAACUUUCCAAGACACUAUAAAACCUGUACCUGGGUAAUUUUCAUUCUUAGCCUACCAUAGGGUCUCAAAGGCAACGUAACCAAUCUGGCGAAUUUUAAUGUGAAAAAAAUGAAACAGAAGCCUUAUAUUUCACGCUGUAACUUUUGAAAACACCAUAAAACCUGCACAUGAGGGGUACUGUUGUACUCGGGAGACUUCGGUGAACACAAAUAUUAGUGUCAAAACAGUAAAAUGUAUUACAAUGAUGAUAUCGCCAGUAAAAGUGAAGUUUUUUGCAUUUUUCACACACAAACAGCAAUUACAUGGACGAUAUUAUUGCUGUGAUACUUUUUACUGUUUUGAAACACAAAUAUUUGUGUUCAGCGAAGUCUCCCGAGUACAACAGUACCCCUCAUGUGCAGGUUUUAUGGUGUUUUCAAAAGUUACAGCGUGAAAUAUAAGGCUUGCGUUUCAUUUUUUUCACAUAAAAAAUCGCCAGAUUGGUUACGUUGCCUUUGAGACCCUAUGGUAGCCCAAGAAUGAAAAUUACCCAUAUGAUGGCAUACCAUUUGCAAUAGUAGACAACCCAAGGUAUUGCAAAUGGGGUAUGUCCAGUCUUUUUUAGUAGCCACUUAGUCACAAAAACUGGCCAAAAUUGGCGUUCUUUGCAUAUUUCACACACAAACAAAUAUUAAUGCUUUCUUUGGCCAGUGUUUGUGACCAAAUGGCUACUAAAAAAGACUGGACAUACCCCAUUUGCAAUACCUUGGGUUGUCUACUAUUGCAAAUUGUAUGCCAUUAUAGGUGUAAAUUUCAUUCCUGGGCGACUAUACAGUCUCAAAGGCAACGUAACCAAUCUGGCGAAUUUCAAUUUCAAAUGUAACGUGCUAUAUUUGACCCUGUAACUUCCCAAAACACCAUAAAACCUGUACAUAGAGGGUACUGUUUUACACGUGAGACUUGGUUACGUUGCCUUUGAGACCCUAUGGUAGGCUAAGAAUGAAAAUUACCCAUACUAAAAAAGACUGGACAUACCCUAUUUGUAAUACCUUGGGUUGUCUACUAUUGCAAAUUGUAUGCCAUUAUGGGUGUAAAUUUCAUUCCUGGGCUACUCAACAGUCUCAAAGGCAACGUAACCAAUCUGGCGAAUUUCAAUUUCAAAUGUAACGUGUAUUUGACCCUGUAACUUCCCAAAACGCCAUAAAACCUGUACAUAGGGGGUACUGUUUUGCACGUGAGACUUUGCUAAAUACAAAUAUGUGUAUUUUAUUGCAGUAAUAGCAAACAGUAUUAUGACAUUGACAGUUAAAAUGUCAUGUAGAACUAAAAAAAUCAAAAUAAAUCUUUUCUCCCAAUUUUUUUAUAUUAAAUUAUGUUUCAUAGCUAAAUAUUUGAUAUUAAAUGAAAGCCCUAUUUCCCCUGAAUAAAAUGAUAUAUAAUAAGGGUGGGUGCAUUUAAUAUGAAAGAGGUGAAUUACGGUUGGACAGACAUGUAUCGCAAAUGCCAGAUUUUGUUUACGUUUUGUUUUGUUCACAACGUGUACAUUUGGCUCUGUCCUUAAGGGGUUAAGUGUUCCCUUAAUUUUUUUGAGCAGUGUAUAUUUCUAUGCAGUUCGGAAUGCUGCAUUUCCAUGAUAAUGAAUUUUUUUAAAUAGCGUCACAUUUUACACUCUCUGUAUACCCCUCCAAACAGUCAGAGGAUGCUGCAGGAACAUGCUCGCAUUUCCCUGGUUCUGUAACUAUUUCUCUGUAAAUAAAACUGUUAAAUGAUAUGUACACACCUUUGUGGGAUUCUAUUUGUAGGGAAUAUAAUACAUAAUUCUAAUUCCCCAAUAGUAUAACUAUUCUCUUUUGAUGUUUGGUAUUUUUUUUUUACUACAAGUAUACCUCAAAGUUGUAAAUCUAGCCUCUCAUGGUAAAGAGUUCAUAAAAUUGCUAAUAAUAACGUGUUGUAUUCCUGAUUACUCUACUUAUAAAUUUGUCAUUUUUACCUUCCCUGCCCUAAAAAUGUACCAGCUUUAAUUCAUUUUCUUCUGAAAAUAGUUGAGAUUAUUAUCUAUGCACAUGAUGCAUGCAUAUAUUUUUCUCUUUUAAUGGCAGAUGGAUAUGGGACAGUGAUCUAGCUGCAACAUUUUUUUUUCAUAUAAACAACUGUUGCAGAAACACAGAGAAAAGGAUCAUCUUGCUCCUAACCUUGCUUGUUGAAUCAUAUAUUUCCAUCCUGUUACUUAUCGACCUUGCUUGUCCUAACCUCCAGUCCUAACAAUGAAGAGUAGCUGGGUUGGCAGUGAAUCACAGCUCAUAUUUUAAAGCUGCAGUACGAAGCCAUUGUUGGGCUUCUGGAAAACAACGUGUUAACAUAAUUGAUCAAAUCUGCUGUACAAAGGCAAUUUCAUUUGGUACGUAAGAGCAGAUCGAGUGCUUUCUCUUCCAGUCCAGGGAUGUGUCAUGUCAAAUAAUUAACUAGACAGAAUCCUGCCAUCAAUCAUAAUAUAUUCCCUUUUAUUAAAGGGCACGUUUUAUCUAGAUAGUGCAUUAAAUCCUUGUAAAUUACAAACUCUAUAUUUUUUGCAGGCUAUUCCCAUCAAGUUACCGUAAAGUUUGUAAAAAAGUCAGCAACAAAUUUGAAACAUUCCAGCCCACCCAUGGUCUUCUAUACAUAUUAAUGUGUGUGUAACUGUGUGCCUGUAACUGUUUGUGACUGUAUGCAUGUAAUUGUGUUUGUAGCUGCAUGCCUGUAACUGUGUGUGUAUGUUUAUAUACCUGUGUAUGGUACUGUGUGCAUGUGGCUGUUUGUGACAUUGUAUGUGUGUGCAUGUGGCUGUAUGUGACAGUGUAUGUGUAUGACUAUGUGUGCAUGUGGCUGUAUGUGACAGUGAAUGUGUGUGCAUGUGGCUGUAUGUGACAGUGUAUGUGUAUGACUAUGUGUGCAUGUGGCUGUAUGUGACAGUAUAUGUGUGCAUGUGGCUGUAUUUGACAGUGUAUGUGUAUGACUAUGUGUGCAUGUGGCUGUAUGUGACAGUGUAUGUGUAUGACUAUGUGUGCAUGUGGCUGUAUGUGACAGUGUAUGUGUGUGACUAUGUGUGCAUGUGGCUGUAUGUGACAGUGUAUGUGUAUGACUAUGUGUGCAUGUGGCUGUAUGUGACAGUGAAUGUGUGUGCAUGUGGCUGUAUGUGACAGUGUAUGUGUGUGACUAUGUGUGCAUGUGGCUGUAUGUGACAGUAUAUGUGUGCAUGUGGCUGUAUAAGACAGUGUAUGUGUGUGCCUGUAUUUCACUGUGUGCAUGUGCCUGUGUUGGUGAGAUUAUGUGCCUGUGUGUAACUAUGUGCAUGUGGCUGUGUGCUCGUGUUUGACUAUAUGUAAAUGUAUGAGACAUAGUCUAUAUGUGUAACUGUGUCAAGGUAGGCAUAUAUGUCAGUUACUAUGUAUAUAAUUGUGUGAUUAUGUAUGUUAUGGCACUGUGUGACUGUGUGUAUGUAACUUUACAUGUGUAUGUGACUGUAUCUAUAUUUAAAUGUGAGUGCAUGUAUGAAUGCAUGUCCAUGUAUGUAUGCAUGUAACUGUGUAUGUACGUGCAGGUACAGUAAGGAUAAGCAGAUUUAGAAACGGGGGAUUACGAGAAACAAGAUGGGUCAGGAGAAUACACAAAAAGGAAUGAAUGGAUGCGGAGUGACUCAGAGAAUUUUAGAACUGAAGGGGUGCCAACAUACAUAGUUGCCCCGUGUGCCACGUGACCUAUGUACACCUCUGACUGACACCCUUGCUACUCUACUGUGCAUAGAGCAGGUCUAAUAUCAGUACUCCAUGCACAUCCAGGACACUGGCUAAUAUUCCCAGAAUGCUUGCUGCUUGAACAGAAAAAAGGUUCUUAAUACCAAGUGCUUUUAUUUAUUAAAUAUGCAAAAACUAUCACUCAUGCAUGGAAAAAACUAGAGAGAUUUAAAAAAAAAAAAAUUUUUACUUUUGAUUUUCUCUCAAUUUUAAUAAAGCAACGAAACCAUUUUAAAAAGAACAUUAAGAAGAAAACAUAAUGAAUUAUAAACACCAGAAAGUGGUGCCGUACUUGAAUCAUUGCUACUCGCCAUCUUGAAGUUAUUAGUGUAAAUAAGAGAUCACAUUUUUUGCAUUCUAUAGUACUUACACAGGGGCCACUCACAGACAAUGCUGGUCUAUAUAUACUUACCAAGCAUUACUCAUGACCUACAAAUGUGUAGAAUUAUUUUGGCACAUGGUAAAGGAAGAAAAUUCUGUCUUUUGUAAAACUCUGCAAAUAACGUUUUUGAUUUAAAAAUGUGUUGUCUAAUAUUUUAUAUAAAGUGUCAGUCGUGCAGAGCCAUGAAAAAGUGGAAAGUUUGUAAAAGACUAUUCCUAAGUAUCACCGGUCAGUCAUCAAAAAUACAUUCACAGUAUACACUACACCCAUGCACAAUGCCUAUCACACAUACAUACGGUAUACACAAUAUAAUGCAUUUAGCACCCACAGUAACACACAGCUUGAACAUGACACCCACAAAGAACACAGGUCUCACAUGAAAACAAAUGUACAUACACCAAACAUAGCAUAAAUGUAGGUGAUGCAUCCUAGAAGGCAUAUCGACUCACACUUUUGGGGAUAUUCACCGAAGUGACAACUCAAAGUGAAUUUCAAUAUUAAGGUCAAAAUAGCCAAAGUGGAAAAGUCGCUUUUAGUUCAACUAUUCUGGCUUUAAAUUUUAAAUUUACUUUGGAAUUCAAAUGAAAUUCUCACUUUAGUAGAUAACCCUAUUUAUGUGCCUGUGGUUUUUAACUCAAUCUGAGAUGCCGUAGAUAACAUAUCCCCGAUCAGCUAACAGGGUCCGAGUUAGGCCAUCAGCCACUUUGCAGGACAAACAUCACCCUGUGUUUGAUCCAGAGUGCUGUCCGACAUCUACAUACGAUCUGGCAAUUUUGAUUUCUUGGUAUCUCAGAAGGGGAAUACCAGAGAAAGGUUCCAAAAAGUGAUGUUUGUGCAUGUCCGUGAAGACAAUCACACUACACAAGGUCAAGCCUGCAUUUGUACAGCUACGCUGAUGAGCGUUCUGGACAAAUGGCACGCAGUGCAAGCUGGCAAAGCAUCAUGGGAGAGAGCUAAAAGGGUGUGUGUCAUUUGACUGGCCCACUCAGAGCAACCAAUACACAUAGUUCUAUUAAAACCUAAGAUAUUGGGACUGUCCUACCAACUGUAGGACUGUUGGGAGUUACAAAGUUGUAUCUCUGCAACAGCUGGGGCUCUGCCAUUUCGCCACCCAUGGCCUAGAAACGUGUCUUUAGAGGGAAAAAUUACUGAUCUUACAUUGCACUAAGUUAUUUGGAAAUUCCUUAUUUGGGCUUAAGUUUGCUUCUUUUUGCUGGGUUGCCUUUUUUUAUUUUUUGUUGUUUUUCUUUUUUUCUGUUCAAUACUAAUAUUCUACAUCUGCACCUAAUCUUGAUUACUCACAAAUUCGUUUAUAUUGAAUUGAAUCUGAGAGCCAAAACAAUGUGAGCUGCUCUCUUCUAUUUCACUCAGGGAGUUCAAGAAGCCUGGAUCUUAGAACACGUAUCUCUCAGUGUCUUAUUAUUUUGGUAUUUCCACGAGUUGUUUCAGCCCUGAGUCACUGGCCUCAUCAGGAAAAUAUUAUAUUUUUAUUGCAGCUGAAAUUUGUAAUCAGAGUUUCACUUGGUAUGGUUUACACAUUAGUUUGAAUUCAGCAUUGCCUGUGGACUAAAGCACAUUCCCAAAAAAGCAAAAAACUGUGUUUUCAUAAAAAACAGUUUUUUAGUAGAGUAUCUUUAUGAUAUAUUAAUAUUAUAUUUAUGAUGUAUUCAGUGUAUAUUGAAGCGAUUAAAGGUAAGUAUUUUUUUCCGUUACAGGUUCAUUUAAAAUUAUGAAAGUGAAUAGUGCAGUGUCAAAGCAUUAUAAAUUGUAAAACACAAAUGGUCCUACCAUGUUAGCUGUACUCCAUCAAAUGGAUUAAAGUCCUUUACUCAAAAACUAAAUUAUUUUUGGACAUAAUGUGCAAUGGGGGACACAAAAAGGCAUCUGUGAGGAAGUAACUUGCACCUCCCUUCUUUGUGCUCCCUCACUUUAUGUCCAAAUAUAAUUUUGUUUUCAGGUCCUGAAUGUAGGACCCGGUAAUGGUGACGCAUUUAAUAAAGUUACACCCUGCCUUAUAAAAAUCAUAACAGGGAUAGUGGGCAUUGAAAGCCAGUGAGCUAUAGACAUUUCAUCAGAGGGAACCUGAUUCAUUAUUAAACCAUAUCCAAACUGUUUCCUCGUGAUGACUCUAAGCACCGCUACAACUUCAACUAAUUCAAGUAGUUAUAGUGCCCAGGGUAUCCCUUUCAUUGCGCACCAGAUUGUGUAACUAUAUAUUAUACAAUUGUCAGUCUUUUGAUAAUUUUUUUAAAAUUAAAUUAAAAUAUAUAUAUAUUUUUUAAUGCGUUCGGUGUACAACACUGCAGAAAAAAUAUGUUGAUGCUUUGCAAAUAAACGUUAUAAUAAUGGAAGCUAUUUUAAGAGCAAAUAGAUAUGGCUUUCCAAUUCGAUAUGAGCUUGACAGCACCAGGACUUAUGGGUGUUCAUUUCUGCACUGUGUUAUAUAUGAAUAAGUUCAUAUAUUGAGUAGCAUGGUAUAGCUUUGCCCUUUUGUGUGUGCUACUUAUAUUCUAUAAUAGGGGUAGGUAACCUUCGGCACUCCAGAUGUUUUGGACUACAUUCCCAGGAUGAUUUGCCAGUAUUAUACCUUUAAGAGCAUUAUGGAAGAUGUAGUCCACAACAUCUGGAGUGCUGAAGAUUGCUUACCCCUGUAAUCUAUAUCUUAUUUUAGUGUCACAGAAAACCCGUCAAAAACAGAAUGUGACUAUACUGACAUAUACGUAGUAGUGGUCAGUCCGAUUAGCAGGUUAUCAUAUAAAUUUCAGUGUUCCUACAUUUUUCCACGGGAUGGUGCUGAAGGAAUUCCUACCUUAUGCUGUUUUCCUAGCAAGACGCCCCAAAAAAACAUAAUAGGAGGAAGUCCUGAUUUAGAACAUUUUUACAGCUUGAAUACAAUAGCAAUAGUCGGAGGAUGCUCUGGGCGGAAACAUUAGUUACUGGACAUGGAAAGAUCAGAAUCAUUAUUCUGCAGUAAAAAAAAACGUAUUCCUGUAACAAGCUGUGCAUUAAUUGGCACUUAGGCAGAGUCCGGGAGUGAAUGUGCGUAGUGUGAGGUGGAGUGUCCAUGGUGUGUAGGAUAAAUUUAUUGUAACAGUGUGAGAAAUGUUAAAGGAUCACGGAAUGCUGACUUUCAAACUCUAAACUGGCUCGGGUGAUCUGGUAUGACCCUAACUUCUGUUCCUUAUUGGGAAUGGUAAGUUUCAUCCAUCCCUAGUAUCAAUUUUACGGUAGACAUGUUGUGCUAUACAUUACUUGCUUGUUGAUUUGAUAGUUUUUAUAAUUAACGAAAUUAUGUUUUGAUUUAUCGUCUUUAAUCAGAAAAUAUGAGAUUUUUUUUUCCUUGAAUUAUGUUAUUGUAAUCAAGUUGGUCUGUAGAUGUGGAGCCAAUGGCAGUUUCUUUUCCCUGCACCCCAAUAAAUGCUAAUGCAAGGUGAAAAAAGGUGAAAAACUUACGCUGCUUUGUUGCAAUUUUGCUGUUAUCUAACACAGAAAUGCAAUACAGGUGCAUGCAUGGUCGCCAUUUUCUGCUGCUUUGCGUGUGUGCUGUGUGUACGGCAUUGCCAGAGUUAGCUCACUUGCAAGCUUUGCCCGGAAAAGCAUGUGAAUAAAAAUGAAAGAAUCUGUAUAGAUUAAAAAUAAAACCAUAGCCAAUUGCUACAUUUCUGUUGACUAUUAGGUUGUGCUAAGAUUUAGGUAGUAACAGUUGCUCUUUAAGGCAAUUUUGGCAAAGAAUCAUGGGAGCAGCAGUUCUAAACAUUUGGGAGUCUGCUGUAUGACCAUUCUUGCCUUAGAUCAGCAGGCAACCUGCGGCACUCCAGAUGUUAGAAUUAUGACGUUAAGAGCAUUAUGGGAGACGUAGUCCUUCACAUCUGGAGUACGGAAGGUUGCCUACCCCUGUCCUAGAUUAUUUUAGGUAAUAGAAUCCAGAGAAACAUUUUAACUUUGUCAAUGUCUGUAAACCUGCUAGAAUUAUUUUGAUGCUAUUCAACUACUGAAGAGUUUUAAAGGCAGAUUGUAAUUACGAUCAUUUACAAAAAAAGAAAAACGCGCGCAGCUAUGUUCACAUUUAACUCCUUCAGGACCGUUGUAUAAGGACCGUCACAGUAACCUGAGAUUUGCCUCAGACUUUGUCCCAGAAUCGACUGAGAAAGGAAAGAUGUCUGUAAGCAAUUUAUAACCAUCAUUAAUCUAAUGGCUUAUUAUGAUGUUUAUAACCUAUAUGCAUGUCUGCACGUGUUCCGAUAGAACUGGAAGUGGUCAUGGAUGGGUUAAUGUGUCUGAGAGAUUUAACAACGGAAGUGAACAGUUGUGAUUUUAAGCUGGGGCAGAUGUAAGAGUCCAGAUUUCCUGUGGCCUAUUUUCCAGUUUCCUGCCUGUAACCUACAGAAAUACAGGAACUCAAAAAACAACAGAAAAAGCAAAACCAGUACAAACGUUGUUCUCAAAGAAAUCACUGCUAUCUUCGUUACACAGGAGACCAAUUAUUCACAAUGUUCUGCUUAUUUGACAUCAGAUUGUUCCUGCCUCCCUUUAGAUUACUGAGCCUCCCUUCUUUUUUUUAAGACUAAAAAUGUAAAAAAACUAAAUCUGCCAUAAAAACUUGCCUGUUAUUUGGGUUUGGACAAUCUAUUCUCAAAGGUUGUUCUGUCUUCUGUGAUAGCAUCAGGAUUGAUGAAAUCUGUCGAGUACAAUGCAUCUCAUUCAAACAUCCACUCAUAGAAGAGCAAAACAGCAGUCUACAUGGCUGGGCUCAAACUAAAGGACCACUGCGCCCACACCACUUCAUUGAGACAAAAUGAUCAGGGUAACUUUAGUGGUCCUUUAAUUGAACUUUAGUCACACACUGGAGGCUCUUGUAGGGUCUAGCAGGCUAUCAACAAAGCAAGAGAAAACAAGAAUCUAAAUUAAAGUCCAUCUGUCACUGUUUAGUAUUUAUGAAAUAAUGAUUAAGACGGCGUUGGAAUUUCAAUGAUUUCAAUGAAAUUCCAAUGCAGUCCAAAGAUUCCAUAAGUCCAAGAAGGAACUAUUUUGUCUUAUGGUAAAGAUUGAGGUUGACAAAAGGCAGAGUUCCAUUGUCAACGUUUGUCCAAUCCUAGCAGCCUUCACAAAUGAAGCCUGUGGGAUUCAGGCCUGUCUAAAGAGGAUCUUGAAUACACAAGAGUACAGCACAGACGUGGCUCCUGGCAACUGAAGUGUCGAAGAAGACAGCAGCAUGAAGAUGGUAGCAGCCACAAGGGACAGCAUGAGGUAAGUAAAACUUACCUCCACUGCACCUCCAGACCCACAUUGAAACUGUCAGUUUUUGGGGUCAGACCCCUGAAAGUGAUAGAUCUGCUUUAAACACGCUGUGCAAUAAGGAGAGCUAAAAAAUGUAGACUCUUUUCCAGGAAGUGUGUAUGGAAUAAUGUGUGAGUCACAACAGGGAAGGUGUGGCUAGGGAUGCAUAAAUAAAAUUCUAUACACCAAAACCACUUUAUUACACUAACGUUGUUUUAGUGGUCAGAGUGUCUGUUUAAAUCACUAAACUGGGAACUUUGGUGUAUUGACAAGAGAUUUGCAUAUGUUAGAAAAAAAACAUAUUCUAGUGAAUUAACCAAUGAGUCUUUGUUUGUUCUUUUGCCAGGGAAAGUGGACAAACUAUUUAUAUGUUGAAGAUAUAGUUUUGACGUUGAUUGUUUUAUAAAGAGGUUAGAUGUGCCUGCUCUUGUUGGGUCAGGUAAAGACAAAACCUGAAAAUCACCGUUGUACGCUGAGUAAUAAGAAUCCCAAGUUGUGUUUUUAGUGGAAACUCAGACACCAUAUCUCUCGCCAGCUUUUAAAUUAAGUGUUUAAAACUGAUGUUACAUGCUUUAGUUAGCGUUGAUACUUUGCUCUAUUACAGCGUUUCCCAAUUGGUGUUCCACCAUUGGAACACUAAUUGGGAUUCAGCCGAAAAAUUUGAAAACAAAAAUGGCCACUGGCGGCGAGGAAGCAGUGAGCUCUGAUCUCCCUGCUCAGCUCCUUUGCACGCACAGCAGUGAUGCCGGAGCCGAAAUAUGACGUCACUCCUGCAUCACUAGGAGGCGCACAACGGAGCUGAGUAGGGAGAUCAGAGCUCCCUCGCCGCCCGCCUCCACCGCUCACCGGUCUGUCCCUCGCCGCCAGCCAAGCUGCAGCCAUCACCACUGGACCCCAGGGACUUCAUGCCAGCAGCCACACUGGACCCCAGGGACUCCAUGCCAGCACUCCUAAAGGUAGGUGGCUGGGUGGAGUAAAAUGUAAAAAAAAAAAUUGUAUGUGUGUCUGUUUGUCAGUGAGAGUGAAUGUGUGCUUGUCAGUGAGUGUAUGUGUUUGGCAGUGAGAAUGUAUCUGUUCUUGUCAAUGAGACUGUAUAUGUGUUUGUAUGUUUGUCUGUAAAAGAGUGUGUAUUUGUUAGUGAGAGUGUAUGUGUGUUUGGCAGUGAGAGUGUAUGUGUGCAUGUCAGUGAGAGUGUAUGUGUGUCUGUCAAAGAGUGUGUGUGUGUGUGUCAGUGUGUGUAUUUGUGUCAAGGUUUGUAUAUGUGUCACUGUGUACAUCUAAGUGUGUGUGUGUAUGUGCCAGUAUGUAUCAGUGUGUUUGUAUGCGCCUGUGUGUGUGUAUCUGAGUGUGUCAGUGUGUAUCUGUGGGUGCAAGUCUGUGUAUGUCACUGUGUGUAUCUGAGUUUGUGUAUGUAUUUGUAAGUCAAGGUGUGUGUAUCUGUGUGUCAGUGUGUAUCUGUGUGCCAGUGUGUGUAUAUAUCUGUGUGUCAGAUACAUAUACACACUGACACAGAGAUACACACACUGGCGCUUAGAAACACAGAUAUACACACCUUGACACACACCGGCAUAUGCAAACACAGAUACACACACCUUGACACACAGAUACACACAGUGUGUUAAGGUGUGUGUAUCUGUGUGCCACUAUCUGCCAGUGUGUAUCUGUGUGUCAGAUUCAUACACACUGGCACAUACAAACGCAGAUACACACACCUUGACACACAGGUACACACAGUGUGUUAAAGUGUGUGUAUCUGUGUGCCACUAGCUGCCAGUGUGUAUCUGUGUGUCAGAUUCAUACACACUGGCACAUACAAACACAGAUACACACACCUUGAUACACAUACAAACACAGAUACACAGACUUUGAAACAGACGCACACACCUUAACACACAGAUACAUACAUACACACACACUCACAGGUCUCAAGGUGUGUGUAUCUGUCAGUGUGUUUAUCUGUGUGCCACUAUCUGCCAGUGUGUGUAUCUGUGUGUCAGAUUCAUACACACUGGCUUAUACAAACACACACACACCUUGACACAGAGAUACACACACACACACUGUGUGUGUAUCUGUGUGUCAGAUAUACAACUGGCACAUACAAGCACAGAUAUACACACACCGGCACAUAAAAAAAACAACAACAAAAAAUGACGCAAGUGAAAUUUUUUGUGAGGGACCACAGGAUCUGUGUUGAUUCCUUGAUCCCAGAAGCAAGGAGGUACAAUCCCAUAUAAUAGCAAUUUACUAUAGGUGGAUAAAAGUGGGAAUAGAGCUCCCAGGCAGUAAAUAGUAAUACAUGGGUUGUCCUGGUCCAUAUAUCAGAGUGCAGAUGAGCAAGGAGAAGGCUGGAAACCGGAUAUCACUGUUGUAGACUCUGAAGAACCAAAACAAUGUAACAGAGAGUCUUAGAGGGUUUUAUAGACAAGUCAGCCACAAAGAAGCAUGUCCGGUGUGUUGCUGCCACAGUGGUGUGUGGAUAGAUACAUCAUGUAUGAUCACGAAUGAGAAUAACACGUCUAGCUUGCACUCCAAACACUACAACUGGUGGAAGGAACCACAUACACCACAGACUCAGUGUGCAUUCUGGAUGGUGUCUGACCACACACACAAGGACCAUAAUGACCUCUGCCAGGUCUACUCUGUGCACCACGAGACGAUUAGACUUCUUUAGAAAAAGAUAUAGCGUACAUUAGCCUUGAUUAGUGAUUCCUCACUUCCUCGGCUUCUUUUCAGCCCUGUAUUUUGAUGAUGAGCACAUUCUUUUUUUGCGAGCAUUUACAUUGUGUGAUUGCUAGUGUAGUGAAAAUAAAAAUUUCCAUAAUACUGUGUGUUACCUACAUGUGAGAUAUAUUAUUCAGCUAUGAUGGGACAUCUUCUCUUACAAGUCUCUAGACGGCAUUUAGCUCUUCAUAGGCUUUGGUAAUCCGCUUCAUGGGAGGAAUAUUCUUCAAAGAAGAGUAGAUAGUUGUACGUGCAUGGUACACAGAUAUUGACCACAGCAACCCAACCAACCUGGACCACUGCAUUACUGGAAUAGCCUCACAGUGAAGGUAUAGGCUAAUAUAGUAAAGGAACUAGGGAAUGAAUGUCUUGUGCAGUAUUCUGUAGUGGUUAUGAUGGGACAAACCAGUUUACAAAAUUGUCCCUUUGUUUUAGGCCCACAUCUGGCUGUUUAGUAAAUAGUUCCCUGAUUCAAGUUAAGGAGCUGUUUAGUAGCUGAUUUGGUACCCUUAUUGAGAUUGCCAUAUUUAAGGAUGUCAAAUUAGGGAGCUAUCUACUAGACACCUAAGCUCCCUAAUUUGGAACCCUUAUAUGUGGCAAUCCCACAUAAGGUACUAAUUUCAAGGAUGUACAAGAAUGAACAAAUCAUGCAUGGAAGAAUUUCUUGAUCGUGCGAUUAGUUUAUUCUACCAUUGUGCCAUUUGGACGAAUUCCCGAAUGCGAUGAUUUUCGUCUGAAAUGUGAGUCUUCAAAAAAGAAAUGCCCAAGUCUAGUUAUUAUUUCUUGGCAUGGCAGCAUACUUACAUCUCUUGUGUAGUCUGUAAUAACAGGCCUGCCCUCUAGUGGCGCAUUUUGUCAUGAAACAGAAAUUCUGUAUUUUCUAUUUAAUUUCUUUAUUUUUGUUGUGGAAAUUUCCACAGAUUUUAAUGACAAUAUACAGAUAUCUGAUGGAUAAGAGUUAAACAAUUUAAACAGAACGUGCAUUUAUAUCAUACAUACAUCAUUCUUGGUUAAGCGUCCCAGCAGCUCAGGUGAAGGUGACAUGUGUAAGAAGAGUGUAUAGGUAGCUCCCGAGUCAGCAUCUCAUUCUAGCCGCUGCUGUGGACUUAAAGUGUGCCCUGUGGUAUAGCCCUCUAACAGCCUGUGUGGGUCUGAUAUUAAGACAUUAGUAGCACGUUUCGGCCGCUCAUCCAGGCAUAUAUCUUUAAUCUGGGAUAGCUCAUAGCGGCUUAAGCUCAACAGCCUGGCUCAGCGUGUCGACAGGGCUAUCGGCUUUUGGGGUAGUCCCCAUUGGUAGGGCAUUUGGGCGGCUUGUGUACCGUUAAGGUAUAUGCCUUGGUGGGGCCUGUUAGUGACUCUUACGGAGUCAUAAUGCUUACUGUGGUAGGGCUCCACUACAACUCACGUGGGGUAAGGCAAGCACCUCGACAGCAUAGGUUGGCAUCUCUAGUGGGAUGAACAUGAGCCUUUUGCAAAAUGUGUGAAUGUUUCUCGUGUGGUUAAAUUAGACAUGGUGACAAUGCCUGUCAGUGGCUGUUGUGGGGUUAAAAUAAACUCUGGAGUCAAUAUCAGCCCAUUGGUAGGGCAUGUUAGAGGCUCUUGUAGUUUAAAGCUUCACAGAACAAAAAGAAAAAUAAAGGUAUUGGAUUAACUAAAGAGUUUGUGUUGUCCCUGUUAGUCCUCUAUAGUUCCUGCUGUUAGUCUUUCGUAGAACCUACUGUGGCCUUGCGAAACGAUGGAGCCUUAAUGAUAACGUAGGUUGUGUGGACAAGAGGGUCUUUUUAUGGGGGUCUUCUUGCCCCAGCGGGUGCGUGUCUCCUGUGGGUCCGUUUCCUAAUUUCUGCUUCGCAUUAGGGGUCACUGCUUUCUGGUCUCCUGUUGUGAGCUGCUCCGAGGGGGUCGAUGUUGGUAUAUUGAGUCUUUUUAGGAACUCUGUGUGGUCUUCAGCAGCCAACAGGGUGUGUAUCGCAUCUCCCUGCGGUACCACCAGUGUUCCGGACAACCCCCAUCGGUAUUUAAUGCCAUGAUCUCGCAGAGUCCGGGUGAGGAGCAUGAACUUGCGCCGUUCGAGGAGGACUGUGAAGGGUAAGUCAUCAUAUAUCGAAAUCCUAUUGUUUGCAAUCACCAGGUUUGGCUUUUGUCUAGAUCGUGCCAUGACAGUGGUUUUCAGUGAUAUAUCUCUUGAAACAACUAUGAUGUCGCGGGGUGCAUCCGCGGGUGCUGUGGGGGCCUUCCUGACCCUGUAGGCUGACACUAGUGGUGGCCGUUCGUCUUCUGUCUGAACUCCCAGUGCUUGCAGGACCUCAUUGGCAAACUCGAACAGAGCUUCUUGGCCUAUUGUCUCUGUGGCCCCGUGGAUUCUGAAAUCUUUCCGUCGGUGGCGUGUUUCUAGGGAGGUCACCGUGCAUGUAAGGUGUUGCACUUGGUGGGUGAGGGCAGUGACACGGGAGUCGGUGUCGUCGAUCUUUUUCCCCCUCUCCCCUUCUCGGGUCUCGAUUGCUCCCAUGCGGCGGUUCAAGCCUCCUAUUUCCUCCUGGACCGCAACGAGGUCCGCCUUCCACACCUCUCUCCCGCAGGAGGUUUUUUAUGUCUCCCUUGGUGGAUGGGGACUUAUCGAAGUCUGAUUCUGCUCUCUGGUACACUCUGCUGUGGGUCCGGGGUGCUUGAGCUGUCUCAUCCUCCAAUUUUUGAGCUGUGUUGCGGUAUUUAAAGUCAGAUUUUGGGUCUCUGGAGCCGGUGCUCUUCAAGUGUGCGACCGCUCAGUAGCUCAGCUAGCCACGCCCCCGUAUUUUCUAUUUAAUUUUUUUUUUUUAAGAUUUAACUGCUAUGUUUUAGAGCUAUAAAUUCAGAUUGAGAUCAUGGUGAUGGCACCACUACCCUUCUAAAUAGAUGCUGUUUUAAUUGACAUGUUUUUUAUAUUUCAGUAAGCAUGCAGCGCAAUAUAAUACAAUUUCUCAUCUCUUCUAGGUAUGGAGAGUGCUAUCACACUGUGGCAGUUUCUGUUGCAAUUGCUUCUCGAUCAAAAACAUGAACAUCUCAUCUGUUGGACUUCAAACGAUGGUGAAUUCAAGCUGCUCAAAGCCGAAGAAGUGGCCAAACUCUGGGGUCUACGGAAGAAUAAAACUAACAUGAACUAUGACAAGCUGAGCCGAGCCCUCCGGUACUAUUAUGAUAAGGUAAGGACAAUCAGCAAGCAGACUACUGUUCUUUAAUUUCACAGGAUGGUCACUGGAUGGUCAAAAAGGGGAGUCAAGGGGCCACGGUCUCAUUGGUUUGAUUGGACUAAUGGACAUUUUCACACACCUGACAUAAACAGGCACAGUGGGUCAUGUCUCCCAAAGCAGGGUUGUUUUGCUUUUUCAUCAGAAUACAUGGACUUCCCAAUUUACUGUAUAUUCCCAGAAGUAUAAUCAGUAGAAAUAUGUGUGUCUUUAUCCCCCGUUACCUCACGUACUGAAUUGGAGGGGGAACAAAAUAAAACAUUAUGUCAUAGCAUUAGCUAAAAUAACAUAAUAUGGUUUAUAUAAAGUGUUGAGAAUGAUUGAAUAAAAGCAUUCUAAGUCUGCCAUGCAUUACAUAAAGUUAAUUUAAUAAAGUUCUGAUAAGGAGAAUCAGUUUUAGCAUUAAGGUCGAUUUGAAAGUUAGCAUCUACAUUGCUCCAAAAGUACAUUAAAUUCCAUCUACACAUUAUGCUACCAGAAUUGCUAGCAAUUAUAAAUAAUGGGAGAUACAAUCUGUUUAAUAAUAAGUCUCAUCCCCCACCUGUCAAUCAAUUCUUCGGCCUAAAAUCAGGAUAGUUCUCAGUGCCAGCGAUUGAUUGACAGUGUGGAAAAAAAAAACAACUUCUUCUGCUGUCUAGAGGAGAAUAGGAAUUGAGUCAGACACUGAAGUGCUGGCUGCAUGUGAUGUGUCAGCAUCAGCCCAAACAGGCUCAAUCCUAUCAGAGAACCCAAGGCAUGGUGUAAAUCCCCAAAAAGCCGAUGAUGGAAAAAAUUAACUACUUACCUCUGCUGGAGCAAAGAUAAGUAGUUUUAUUUUUCACAAAAUGUUCAGUUGACUUUAACAUAAUAUCUACAAAAAAUGUAUUAUGAAUUACCUUAAGUGGGGGGUUUAAUCAACGUGAAUCUGUCACGACUGGUUCACUUUAAAUUAUUUUCCAACAAUAUAUAAUAUAUUGACAAUUACAUUUUUGUCUCUCUUGCUGAAAAGAAAAGUAUUUCCUAGCGUGCACUUGGAAAACUUGCUCCAGAUUGUACAUUGUUUUGUUUUCGAUCUGCGUAACUGGUGGGUAGGAAGGUUAAAUGUGUUUUUUUCCACCAAAUAUUCUUAGAAUAAUAUAUUUCAUGGUAGGUAAGUUAAGAUUUUUAACAAAAUAAUUCUUUAAACUUUAUGCACAGAACUGUUUUAAGUAACACAAUUUUAGACUAUAUUAGAAUUUCCUUUAAUUUGUUUAAUAAUUUACAUUAAGAUUAUGGUUUCAGUUUGAAACAGCUUUUCAUCCGAUCAAUGUGUUUUAUGUUGUAUCUCUACCUUUUAGAACAUUAUCAAAAAGGUAAUUGGACAGAAGUUUGUCUACAAGUUUGUCUCCUUCCCCGAGAUACUGAAAAUGGACCCACAUGCGGUGGAAGUCAGUAGGGAGAGUUUGUUGCUGCAGGACAGUGAUUGCAAGAUCCCUUCUGAUAUUCGAGAGAGACACAAGCAAACUUUGUCAGCAUUAAAAAGUGCCACUCGGAACGAAUAUAUCCACUCAGGCUUAUAUUCAUCAUUUACUAUAAAUUCGCUGCAAAAUCAGACAGACAGCUACAAAGCUAUAAAAAAUGAAAAUCUCCAAGAGCAGGAGGAUGAGGGAGAGGACGAAGAAGAAGACGAAGAAGAAAAACCAUUGGUCAGGAGCCCCGUGGAGGAAGUCAGAACUGUUAUAAGAUUUGUUACAAAUAAAACAGACAAGCAAGCCAUCCGGCCUGUAGUUUCCCUUCCAUCUACGUCAGAAUCAACAGCUGCAUCAGCUUUUUUAACAUCCUCUUUGUCCGCUAGAGGACCUUCGGAUAGAUCAAACAGAGCUAGUGUGUCUUCUUUGUCUCCAUGUUCCUCCCGAUCCCCAUCUCUGUCCCCUCAUUUGUCCUUUCCGACAGAGCACAGGGGUCUGUUCCUUGAUUACCCCUGCCACAACACAGACAGCGUGGAACCAUUAAAUCUCUCAGCGGGAUCCAAGAUGAAGCUAUCCUGCCAUCCUCCCAAAGCAAAGAAGCCAAAAGGCCUAGAGAUCUACUCUCCACCUCUUCUUCUUUCAAGUAGCGAUAUUGGAUCAAUCGCUCUCAACAGCCCGGCGCUCCCCUCUGGAUCGCUGACUCCAGCCUUUUUCACUGCUCAGGUAAGAAGCUGUGCUUCGAACAGAGAUACAAUGUACCAGUGCUUUUAGCAGUCCAGUGAAGUGUGAUUAAUAGAAUGUGCUAGUCACCAUUUGACACGUGGUUGUGUCAGAAACUGGUACGUCCUAGGUAAACAGGAGUUGUUAAGUUAUUCACAAACAUGAUGUGAAAAUAGUGUUUGGCAUAAAACAUAAAACUUACAAAAAAAGACUGAGAUUCACUAAAGUCAAAGUUCAGGAAAUUUAACCAAAUGGAUGUCACUGUGUCACUUGACCAUUUAUACGAAAUGUUACCACAAAGGAUCUGUCAUAUAUUUCUUGAAGAGACAAAAUGUUUACUUGUUCCCCACUAGGUAGAUCAAGCACAUACAAUUUUUUGGCUCUGUUGAGUAAAGUGUGGGUAUUAUUUAAAGUUAGCUUUAUUUUGGGGAAACGUAAGUAUUCUACAUUUCAUUUGUAAAGCAGUCCCAAUAGGGUGACUGCCUCUUCUGGCUUGUCCAUACCCAAUCUGUAAUUGUUAGUAGAUACCCCAUAUCCAAGACAGUCUAUAUAGUACCUGAAACAUUUAUAUAUUUCUGGUUUAUUCAUUAAUUGGUGAUUCCACGGCAUUGGAAAACAAAUUGCAAUAUAUGGGCGAAAGUAGCUGAUAUGUAAAGUUCUUUAACACAUACCAGUACAGGAUUUAAGCAUUUCCCUGUUGAGUCUAAAGUGUUUAAAGGGUGUAAAGAUCUGCUUUUAUUACAGCAAGGGUCCGGGUCCUGGGGGUAGUGGAUGGGAUGGCAGUAUCCCAGCUUAUUGUAAUUGUUCUGAUGAGUAGACUCAUUCCUGCCAGACUUUUAGCAGUAAACACUGUCUUUUCAGAGAAAAUGUAGUGUUUACAUUACAGCCUAGUGAUACCUCCAUGGCUGCUAGAGGCUGCUAGAGGUGCUUCCUUGGGCGGUGCUGCACAGUGUGACUGCUACUCAGUGUCUCCUCCCUCUGCAUGCAGACACUGAACUUUCCUCAUAAAGAAGUAUUGAUUCUGGUACUUGUAUACUAAAUGUUUACAUAUAGCACUGCAUGUGUAAAUAGUGUACUGAGAGUUUAUAUGGCGCUGCAUGUGGAAAUAGCCAACUAAGGGCUCAUUUCCACUCUGGUACACAUUACUGGACAAGACUUUUGAAAAGGGUGACUUGCCUGUCAGAGCACAGUGUUCCUACUGAGAAUUCAAAGAGGAGCCAUUUAACAAGCCUAGAGGGCUGGACAUCUCCUGUUCCCAAUUGUUAUUACCCUUCAUCCCACUGCACAUAGGGUAGUAUUGAUGAACUAGGCCCCGAAGUUUUAAUUUUUUAAUAAUGUAUUGAUAGGUAGAGACAAUUGACUCUCUUUAACCCCUUAAGGACACGACAUGUGUGACAUGUCAUGAUUCCCUUUUAUUCCAGAAGUUUGGUCCUUAAGGGGUUAAAGCAGGGAUGGGGAAUAUCCGGCCUGCGGACUCUAUAAGGCACGCAAAAUCACUUGGUCCGGCUCAUGGAGAGCCGGCCCUGCUGUCUGCCUUUCUCAGGCCGGUGGGAAGAUCUCCCUCACCGGCCUCCUCGCAGUUUGUUAAUGGAGACGGAAGGAGAUAAGACAUGGUAGAUUGCUGUCAGAAUGUCAUAAGGUGUCAAUAAUGUUUAACAAGCUCCCGUGUGGUCCUUAGUUCGUGGAACUGUUCGGUUCCUGAACAGCACAGGGAACCCAACCGAACGGAGUCUUUAAAAAUGCAUUUUUCACUUCUUUUUGCAGAGCCCAUAGGGGCAAGAGGCUGGCAAGCAGGCUCCUCCAUGUAACCUCGCCACAUAUCUCCUCCCCCCCAAGGUAACACUAACUUGCUGCCGGUCAGUGCCUGAGUUAGUCAGGAAGCCCACCCAAAACCAAGUAGCUGACUUGGUAGCCUCCUGCUCCCUGCUCGGCCCGGAUACUUCCACAUUGCUGUGUAGGUGAUGUCUAUCACCCCCGGUCUCCCCCUUGCUCCCAGUCAUGGAGCUGUCAUUGCUUGAGGGGCAGAGGCCAGCGGCGCUCUGCCUGGAUGCCAGCUCUUCUGCUGGGAUGCGGUCAGUGGAUACUGCCAUCCCAUCCACUACCCCCAGGACCCCGUUGGAAUCCGCUGUUGAGAAGAGGAGACGACCACCUCCCCCCCUGGUAUUCCCGCUGGGGUUGUGGGGGAUCUGGGAAGGCUGCCCAGCAUCCCUGUAGAUCUGGUGCAGAGACCUCGGUCCCAUCUGCACCAUCUGUUUCAGGUGUCCUGUCUUCGGCUAACAGGUACUGCCUCUGGGGAGUAGGACCAGGUGUCCCCACUCGCAUGAGCUCCCACCAAAGUUGGGGAAAGGGACCAGCUGUCUCCUCUCCCGGUUUCCCCAGCUGCUGCUGGAGAGAGAGACCAGUUGACUCCUCUCCCUGUACAAGAUGCUGCCGCUCGGGAGUAAGACCGACUGUCCUCCAUCCCGCUACUUCCAGCUGUGGUUGAGAAGACUGCCGAGUCCGUACACACACACACACACAUACAGACUGCUGAGUCCAUACGCACACACACACAGACUGCUGAGUCCAUACGCACAAACACAUACUGCUGAGUCCGUACACACUCACAGACUGCUGAGUCCAUACACACACACACACACACACACACAGAGACUGCUGAGUCCAUACAAACACACAGACUGCUGAGUCCACACACAGACUGCUGAGUCCAUACGCACAAACACAUACUGCUGAGUCCAUACACACACACACACACACAGACUGCUAUGUCCAUAUACACACAUAGACUGCUGAGUCCAUACACACACAAAUACACACAUUGCUGAGUUCAUACACACACAGACUGUUAUGUCCAUACACACACAUACACACAGACUGCUGAGUCCAUACACACACACACACACACAUCAAGCCUACCAGUCACUGGAGGCUGUUGCUGGGGGUCAGACAGCCAUCUUCUGCAGCAGCAAGGUCUGCUACUUUACGGCUGGGGCGGGGCCUAUGUGCAGGAGGCGGGGCCUUGCCGGGGAGCCUGUCAGUGCUCAGUUUGUGCAGAGAUGCUGGGGCCGGAGAGAGCACUGACAGGCUCCCCGGCACAGGCCCCGCCUCCUGCAGCGCUCCAGCUCCUCUGGCCAGACUGUCCUGCAUUCCCUCGGGCUGUCACAGAUUGAAUAGAAUUUAAACACAUGGCCAGCAAGUUGCCGGCAUUUGGAGGGGCACAGCAUGAUGUAGCGACGCCAUUCCCCCUUACCCAGCUCUUCCGUGGCUGUUUGCCCCCCACCUCCCAGCACCUCUGUGUGUCUCUUCCUUCCAGUGCCUUGUCUCUUUGUCCCCCAGCCCCUCUAUGUAAUUUUGUGUCCCACCCAGCCCCUGCAUACAUCUCAUCUCCCUCCACGUGUCUCAUUCCUCCAGUCCCCCCACGUGUCUCAUUCCUCCAGUCCCCCCACGUGUCUCAUUCCUCCAGUCCCUCCACGUGUCUCAUUCCUCCAGUCCCCCCACGUAUCUCAUUCCUCCAGUCCCCCCACGUGUCUCAUUCCUCCAGUCCCUCCACAUGUCUCAUUCCUCCAGUUCCCCCACGUAUCUCAUUCCUCCAGUCCCCCCACGUGUCUCAUUCCUCCAGUCCCCUCCACGUGUCUCAUUCACUCCAGUCCCCCACGUAUCUCAUUUCCUCCAGUCCCGUGUCUCAUUCCUCCCAGUUCCCCGUGUCUCAUUCCUCCAGUCCCUCCACGUGUCUCAUUCCUCCAGUCCCCACAUGUCUCAUUCCUCCAGUCCCCCGUGUCUCAUUCCUCCAGUCCACCGUGUCUCAUUCUCCAGUGUCUCAUUUCAGUCCCCGUGUCUCAUUCCUCCACGUGUCUCAUCCUCAUUCCUCCAGUCCCCCGUGUCUCUGCAUUCCUCCAGUCCCUCCACAUGUCUCAUUCCUCCAGUUCCCCACGUAUCUCAUUCCUCCAGUCCCCCGUGUCUCAUUCCUCCAGUCCCUCCCGUGUCUCAUUCCUUCUGCGAUAGUGGAGUCCUUUCAGAUUAACACCCAGUAUUGCAGACAUCGUGAUGCUCCUGAUGUUUAUUUAGAUGUUCAUGUAUCUUUAUGUUGUUCUUUACUUUGUGCUUUUUAUUUCUAUAUUUCUUUGGCUAAGUGGUGCCACCCACAGCUCACCCCCACCCUCAAUCUCAUAAUAGUCCUGAUAUCUAGCAUGCUGUUUGCAACAUUAGUCACGGCCUCACUUUCCCGUCAUAAGUACAUUUAAUACACUAUGCCAGCAGUGACAUGAAGCACACUCUAGAGCACCGCAAGUUUUUUUUUUAUAUAUGUAUCAUAAAACCCACAGUUCACUUUGAUUCAGACUCUGUUUUCCACUACACCUGUAUAUGUUUGUUAUAAUGCUGACAACCAAAGAUCCUUUUAUAUAAAUAUAUGAUGAUGUUUACAUUGUCAGUGAACUGUGCAAAAAUAAGGAUUACUGAGAAAAAUCAAUGUAGAUCAAAUAUUCAUAAUCUUUGUUCACAACAAUUCCACAAAAGCAUUGAAGGAUGGUGAGUAUGGACAGAACAUAUUGUAAGUUAGCUCAUUUGUACAGUAAAAUAAUUUGGAAAUAUUGCCCUGAGCUCUGAGUUUCUAACAGCAGUGAUGUUAAGUGAAAUUAAGCAGAUGGAAUUCUAUCUUCUAUCUUCCUUAUAUAUAUAUAUAUACACACACACGCUGCACACACAAUUUGGACUGAUCUCUCAUACCAUUCAAGCUAUAGCCAGUUGCAGUAUAGAGCCUGAUCCACAACACCAUUUAUGAGAUUUAUGGAAUAGGAUCAGUUCCCUAAAGACCAGAAUUAGAGGAUCCUAAUACGUACUGGGUGUCAUGAAGGCAGAUAGUUGUUAAAGGGACACAGUAGUCACCAGAACAAUUAACUUCGUUCUUCUGGUGAGUAUAGUCAGUCCAUGCAGCCUUUUUGCAGUAAACCCUGUCUUUUCAGAUAAAGGGCAGUGUUUACAUUGCAGCCUGGGGGCACCUCCAGUGGCCACUCCUCAGAUGGCUACUAGAGGUGCCUUCUGGGGCACUACUGCACAGUGAGCAGCACUGACAUUAAGUGUUUCCACAUUCUCCAUGGAGACACUGAACUUUCCUCAUAGAGAGGCAUUGAUUCAAUGAAUCUCUAUGAGGAGAUGCUGAGUGGCCAGGGUGGCAUUUGGCUCCGCCUUCUUGACUCGCUUUUCCUGAGAUUAUCAGAAUUGGGAAAGCAUUGUGAUUGGCUGAGAUCAUCACUUCUGAUGAUGUCAGCCAAGCAGGCAGAUCAGGGGCAGAGCCAGCACCAAAAUACUGGAAUAAAGGUAACAUUUUACCAUAUUUAGAUGGGCUAGAUAGUGAUUUUAACACUAUAGGGUUAGAAUACAUGUUUGUAUUCCUGACUCUAUAGUGUUCCUUUAAGGAAGAUAAUAGUGGAAAGUACUGUAAUGGAAAAGAUUUUAAAAAAUACACUACCCAGUCAAAAAGUAUAAAACAAGGAAGUCCAAAUGUGUUAAUAAUUGACAGGUAACAUAUUCUAUAAAAAGAUUUCAAGGUGCUGUGGAUUGAAGUCAUUAUUCCCUCUACCUCAACUGUGUUAUUCCGAAUAGAAAAUGUUAAAAAUGUUAAAAAAUAAGACCUGUAUCUGGGAAGCAUAGAGAGACAGCAAAUGGUAGUGAACUAAACAUUGAAAAUUGUAGCUUCUUUGGGAAAAUGCAGUGUUUAAUUCGAGUCCAGUAUGGUUACAUCCAGAUUCUUGCUGAGAUAACUCACCUUUUCUGGAGUUAAAUGUUGGUGACUUUAGCAAGCAAAGAUCCCCCAGUGUGGUGGAAACAUUGAAUGUAUGAUCAGUCAGAAUUAUAAUUUAAUGUGAUUAAUAUAUGCAUAAGAAGAUAACAGAGAACGUGGGUAUCCAAUUUAGGGCCCGAUUUGCAAAGAUUAAUGGCAUUAAUGUCCCGUCAACAUUGUCGCAGUGGGAGAACCAGGUGUUUAACUCACUUUGCAGUGUGACAGUUUGUCUGCUUGGGCAUGUUUAGGUGGCCCCAUUGUGUAAUGUUUUUUGUAAUCUGGAUUUGUUACUGUAGCUUAAUGCUCAGGAAUUGCAGACAAACUGACAAAGUAAUUGCAGAAUUUAGGUGAAAAUAGUCAAAGUGAAAAAAACACUGACUUUGCAAUACAUCUCCAGAUUGGCUAUUUUGGUCUUUUUUAAAAUCUCUUUGGAGAUUUUCUAUAAAUCUUUGAGGGUGCAACCUUUGUGUUUCUUCGUCCCACUGCAUGUUCUUGUUUCUGUUCUCUUCCAUUGCCCCACCUGUCUCCUCUGUAUUCAUACCGCUUACCACUGUAAUUAAAGAGAAUCCUGUCGCUGACAAAAUAGUUUCUUGAAAUAAGAUCCUCCCUCGAACUCAUUGAACCAUUGCUGUUGUGUCAAACCAUCCUUAAUCUGUCCGAUUAACAUUAACCUAAUACAUUCUUUAUGAAUCUUGUGCGCAGUUUUUUAAAACUUUUUUUGUUUGUUUGUUUGUGGGUUUUUUCCAGACGCCAAAUGGAUUAUUGCUAACCCCAAGUCCACUCUUGUCCAGCAUCCACUUCUGGAGCAGUCUAAGUCCUGUUCCUCCUCUAAGUCCUGCCCGGCUGCAAGGACCAAAUACCUUGUUCCAGGUAAGUGCAAAGAAUGAGAUCAUCGUGCGAUCUAAACCUGAAAAACAUUCAAUACAAUAAUGCUACCAAUUACUCUGAGAGUAGAAAUCAAAAAUAGGUUUAGCAAACCUACUUUUUUCAUUUAAUUAUACAUUCCAUAAUAAGAAUCAAAUUUCCUUAUCAGAAACUCUGUGCCCUCUCCAUCACUGUAAAAUCAAUGAAUUGCACAAAUAAGAGCCCAUUGUAGGCAUGAUUUUAUGUGCGUGUGAAUGAAAAGGUCAUAUUCUGAAAUAGAACAGGCUAUACACCCGACUCCUUCUGUAAUUAGUGUGAACAAAUUGUAAUCCUGUCACUUUAUAAGAAAUGAGCUCACCUAUUAUUUUCUAGUUCCUUGUGCUUUUUGUUUAACUCUUAAAUAGUUUCACCUUCCGUUGCAAUUGUCAUUCUAAAUGCUAUCAGUCUCCCACAUAAGUCUUACUAAGGAAAGAAAUGUAAUUCUGGAUCUCAAGGAAAUCGUAUCCUCAAGCAGAAGGUGGAUACAAUCAUAAAGAAAUAGAUUUAGAUCUGGUAGAUGGAUAGUUAUUUUCACAUUAAAAUUGAUUAAACUAUCAGAUAAAAAUACAACUGUGUCUAUAGAAUUCACCCCUAGAUCUGGACUAAUUUUCAUGUUCAAUUUAGCACUCUUCUUGGGAAAAGAAUGUCCAUCAUUGGUGCUUGCAUUGUUCUAGAGCAGACAUACUCGAAUGGUAUAUCUUGACAAGCAUGGUGCACUGUCUUACAAAUUAUCGUGAGAAGCAUGAUGCACUUUCUUACAAAUUAUCUUGAAAAGCAUGGUGCACUGUCUUACAAAUUAUCUUGAGAAGCAUGAUGCACUGUCUUACAAAUUAUCUUGAGAAGCAUGGUGCACUGUCUUACAAAUUAUCUUGAGAAGCAUGAUGCACUGUAUUACAAAUUAUCUUGAAAAGCAUGGUGCACUGUCUUACAAAUUAUCUUGAGAAGCAUGAUGCACUGUCUUACAAAUUAUCUUGAAAAGCAUGGUGCACUGUCUUACAAAUUAUCUUGAGAAGCAUGAUGCACUGUCUUACAAAUUAUCUUGAGAAGCAUGAUGCACUGUCUUACAAAUUAUCUUGGAAAACAUGAUGCACUGUCUUACAAAUUAUCUUGAAAAGCAUGGUGCACUUUCUUACAAAUUAUCUUGAGAAGCAUGAUUCACUGUCUGGCAAAUUAUCUUGAAAAGCAUGGUGCACUGUCUUACAAAUUAUCUUGAGAAGCAUGAUGCACUGUCUUACAAAUUAUCUUGAAAAGCAUGGUGCACUGUCUUACAAAUUAUCUUGAGAAGCAUGAUGCACUGUCUUACAAAUUAUCUUGAGAAGCAUGAUGCACUGUCUUACAAAUUAUCUUGAAAAACAUGGUGCACUGUCUUACAAAUUAUCUUGAAAAGCAUGGUGCACUUUCUUACAAAUUAUCUUGAGAAGCAUGAUUCACUGUCUGGCAAAUUAUCUUGAAAAGCAUGGUGCACUGUCUUACAAAUUAUCUUGAGAAGCGUGGUGCAUGGUCUUACAAAUUAUCUUGAGAAACAUGAUGCACUGUCUUACAAAUUAUGGCAUCAGGGUGCUCUAAUUGCAAUAAUUAAAAGUGUUUAUUGGGCUAAGACUGAGCCUUUAAUACUAUUACCAGUAAACUAUGCUAAUGCGUUACUAAGUGAUUGUGAUAGAGUACUAGUUGGCCAGUUUGUCCUCAUUGCUUUUGACCAUGAAUGCCACCAUGCUCUGAUAAUGUAGAUUCCCUGCAUAUGUACAUGAACACAGGACAAAAGGCAAUUUAAAAAAAAAAUUUCAGAGCAGAAAAAUUAACUCUCAUACUUUCCAUGUGUUAGCUGUACUUCUCCAGAGGCAAAUCUCUUAUUAACUUGCUGUCUUCUCUUUUUUAUUUACAGUUUCCAAACCUAUUGAACGGGCAUUUGCCACUUCAGAUGCAAGGACUCGAUAGAGCUUCGUCCCCAGUGCUGCUAUCGUCUAACACCCAGAAAUCUUGAUGUAUUUUGCACUUGCUAUGGACUUCUUUAUUAAAUGAUGUAAUAACUCGUUAUUAUAACACCUCUGGUGUCCAGGAAUAUUUUCAGAACAAUCUCCAUGGGCGUCUCAGUGUUUACAUCAUGUUACCCAUCCCACCAUUGAAGUGUUCUUUUAGCAUUGUAGAGAAUUUAAUGUGUAUAAUACGUUUUGUACGGAUUUGUUAUUCCAAAGUGUUGAGCACUGUUGAAUUCUCUUUCAAAGAUUCCCAUCUCAUACGAUGCAUUGAACGAACGCAAGCCCUCGUACAAUGCAUUAAAAGGAUGCAAUCCCUCUUUUCCUUCUUAUAUUAUUAUGCACUUGAGCUUAUGUACACUAUAACCGGCUGUGCCUUCUUUUGCAUAAUGUUUUUAUUUUAUGUUUUUUGUAAAUUGUUUAUAUAUUUCUUGCAUUAUGGGGAAAAAAAAACUUAGUAAUAGAUACCUCUUUGAUAGAAUUUCUAAACCUCCAUUCCCAACCAUGUAUUCUAAGCAGUGUUUGUAUUGUAUUUAGAGCUUUUUAAUGUAUAAUGAGAUAUGGCCUUAUAUCAGGGAUGCUUUAUUCCAGCCCUCGGAUGAAACACAACAAGAUUAUAAAUAAUAAUCAGAACUCCAGUCAUUUGGUUCAUUCACAAAACUUUAAACUAUAUGGAAAUAAAAUCUGAAUGACAAAAUGUUGGCUAAAUAGCUAAUUUAGAAACAAAUUCUUCAACUUACAUUAUGCCACCAUACCUCCCAACGUUUCAAAGUGACAAAGAGGGACACAUUAAUUUUAAUGGUGUGACUCGGGGUAUGGACGGGGCAGGGCUGUGCCGAGAUAUUUCAGGGGACUAAAUAAUAAUAAUGUAUGCAACUAAAAUGUAAUUUAGAACAAGAACAAUAUAUCUUAUGUACACAGGAUGAUUUCUAAACACAUUAGUUUAAAGACACAUUACUGUGAGUAUUAUUGCUGUGGAGCUCUGUUAUACACUCAGACACACUAACAAUAUAGAACUCAUAGAAAAGAGGGUAAUUAGGAUAGAAAAGAGAGAGAGGGAUUUUGGCAAAAAUAGGGACUAUCCCUCUUAAAUAGAGACACUCGGGAGGUAUGUGUCACCCUUUGGCUAUUAUAUUAUAAACUUUGCUCAGAUUUCAAUUUACUACAAAUCAAAGUUUGGUGAAUAAACACUACAGGGUUAUUCAUUGAAGUGUGAAUUAUUGAGAAUUGAAAGUGAAUUCAUUUAAAUUCAGCCACAAUUUCUGAAUUAGGAAAAAUUAUUCAAGUGAGCUAUGUUUCCAACUUGGCUUAUUUAAUCUAAACUUCACUUUGAGUGUGAUUCUUAUUCUGGGCAAUUCACACAUUAAUAAAUAAAUGUCGACAAUGCUUGUUGCUUGAUUACAGGCUAGAUAAAUCCAAAACAUGUGGCAACAUUUUUGCCCUCGAGGAGAGUUUGACAUCUCUGCCUUGUAUGUUUUUUUAUGUUUUGUUUUUGUUGGGAACCAAAAAAAAAAAAAGAGCAAUAAAUGUUAUUUUACAACGUUAUUUAUUUCCAAAUGCACCAAAUAACUCAGCUUAGGGGUCGGGUAUCGGGGUGCUCCAUAAUACAGUUUUGGUUAGCCUAGGCAGACCAGAUGUUUCUGAACCACAUCUCCUGUGAUGCUCGUGGGAAUUGUAGGUUAGAAACACCUGGGGUGUCAAGGACAGCCAUCACUGCUUAACAAAUGAUAAAGUGUUUCCAUUGUAAUCAGGAUCUGUUAUACGCACUAGCACCAAGAGGUAAAGAGACAUCCCACAAAUAAGUGUUGAAAAUCUACUAAAUGGACUGCCCGUUGCCCACAAACAGAUGAUCAUCAUUGGGUAGUAAUUCUAUUGUUAGAAUUUGAGGACUGUUUACUAAAUGAUUCAGAAGAUGAUGUUUUUGUGAACGGUGUGUAUCCUGAAUUCUUUUUCUCUUGCUUUAAUUAACUAAUUUAUAUAAUGUUGGGUUUAUCCAAACCUUGUAUACAGGUUCAUCCACUGGUACUCUAGUCUGAUGUGGG